GCACGCUUAUCCACAAGUAUACUAUUACUAGACACAAAAUAAGCUAGUGAUUUCUACCAAGCCAUCUCUCCAUGUCCCCAGAGGCGGAACCUUUGUUUCCGGGCGGAACGUUGUGCAGCGAGUCCUGUGUUCCCGGCGGGGCGGCGCUGAGCGGACAGGCCUGCAGGGACUGAGCGGUGGAGUGGGGGGGAGAGACUGGCAGAGACCGGAACUGUAUCCCGGGGAGCGGUGAGAGCUGAGCCUGAGCAGCCCCGGGGGUGGUCCGCAUCGCACAUCGUGUGAGUUGAUUGUGUCCAUGUGAUGAUGAUGAUAUGGGCGAGUGUUUACAUGGAGGAGUGUGAGCGUGCACUCUCUUUAUCUGCCUCCCCCAAUAACUCUGUGUAAAUAGAUUAUACAUCAUAACAAUCAUUCCAUACACACGUGUGUACAUGGUGUGUGGGUACUUGGUGUGUGUGUGUACAUUGUGUGUGUGUGGGUACAUGGUGUGUGUGUGUGUACAUUGUGUGUGUGUGUGUACAUUGUGUGUGUGUAUAUGUAUAUACACAUGCUUGCUGUGUGUGUACAUGGUGUGUGUGUACAUGGUGUGUGUGUGUGAGUGCGGGGGGGAUGUGUGCUGGGAUAUCCUGGGUAACUAUCCUGUGUUUCACUGGACUCAAUGCACACAGCAUUGUUUAGUAAGGAUGUCUCUUUGUCGUUUAGCCUUGUACGUGGGAACUCGUAUCUCAUUAAAAUGGGGGUUAUUCUGUUUAUAAACAGUAAUGCCGUGAGUGAGACAGUGUGUGUGUGUAUAUGUAUGUAUGUAUGCACACUCUCCAUUUUUAAUUGCUCUUCUAGAUAUUAAUGUAUAUGGGGCAAGUGGCAGCAUGCGUUCAUUUUUAUAAACAAUGUUUCAUUUCUCUAUGUGUGUAUCUCUGUAUGUAUAGUAGGGAUCUAUAGAGAUUUUUGUCUCACAGUAUAUUUACUAAAUUAUUACAUCUGUAAAUCUUUAAACAUACACCAGGCAGUGUUUGACUCGUGUGUGUGUGUAUAUAUAUAUAUAUAUAUAUAUAUAUAUAUAUAUAUAUAUACAUACAUACAUACACACGUGUGUGUGUUGCAUUGAGCAAGACAUAUGAUGAAAAUUGUCUUAUUUUGAAUUGUAGAAAAAUAUGUGAAUAUUAGGUUUUGUUGCUUUGAAAUGGCUCAUUUUCAGCAAUGGUAAUAAACACAUCUGUAUUGCACUUUUAAACAAAUAUUUGCCCUUUGUAACUGUCUUCUUCAGUCAAAAGUCACAUAUUUGUUUUGAUGUGGCUGAAAUGAGAUGAACACUAAAAUGCUCCCCUUCUUUUUAUUGCCUACGACUGUUCAACUGUAAGAUGCACAGAGUGCUUCAUAUAGCAAAUAUAUUGUAGGGUGACAGAUGUCUGUCCAGUGUGUAAAUCAGAUAGGCAUAACUAGUCAACCCACAAAUCACCUUCAUUUAACAAAAACGUUGGGUGGGGGAAGCACAUUAUUUGAUUUGUAUUGAAAAAUAUUACGGUCUAGCAGGAGAAAUUUGGAGACAUAAUUUCGGGUAUUUAUAAUUCCAUCUUUCAGGCAUGCAAAUAGAGAUGCUAACCCCUUGGAUUUAAGAAUAAACCAACAAUUGCCUUUGGGAUCUGGGGCUAUUAGUGCUGCUCAGAAGAGUUUGGCAUCAAAUAGUUUCCCUUUAUCCAGAAAUGGCAAUUCUUGAAUAAUGUAUUUAAUACAGCCAAGCUGUCACUAAAGGUGAGUUGGAGAAUUCAUUUUACAUGUUGACAUAAUUUGCUAAAAUUCAGAGUUCAGUGAAUAAAUCAGCAUGUGAAUUUUAAAUUUUAGGCCAAAAUCGAAACCUUCUUUUUAAAGAAUGUUUUCCCCCGAUAUUUUGGUUAAAAAUUUGAAAGUCACUUUGAACUUGUAACAAGUCAGAGUUUAGAGAAUACAGCUAUACAAGUGAAAUCAGUUUGCUCUCCUGGUUUGUUGUAGAAUUAUUUUGCCAUUUUACAAAGUCCUAUGACAUGGAUUGACCAAAAUUUGACACAAAGCUAUUGCAUAAUUAAAUUUUAAUGCCCGAUUAUGUUUUGGAAAAAAUGGGCACCCUAGAUUAGAAGUGACCCAGUUUUCUUGUAAGGCAAGUAUAGAUGAUGCAUUUGAAUUAUGUAAAAAAACAAACAAAAAAACACCAAUUCAAAAUGAUAAAAGAUUUUUAAAAAGUCACUUUUGAAGUUUUUGCUUUUUCUUUUGUUUACAUAACCACCCUUUAAUUCUGUCCAGACAAGGCUUAGCCAGUCAGUAUCCUCUUAUGCUAUUUUAUGGAGUCUCACUUGUUAGGCAUGUUUAACCAAAUACUGCACAGGUUAAAGCAGUGGUUCCCAAACCAGUCCUCAUGGCCAAACAAUAAUCCAAAAUUUAUAUCUUUCUUGUUUUUAUUCCAAUGGAGAUACUGACAAAACGUGGACUGUUGCUGAGUUAGAGGACUGGUUUGGUAACCAAUUGGUUAAAGGGAUACUACCGGCAUCAAAAUAACUAGCUUAAUGAAGCAGUUUGUGUAUAUAGAUCAGGGAUGCCCAAAAGGUAGAUCCUCAGAUGUUUUAAAACUACAGCCUCCAGAUUGUCUUUCUAAAGCAUUCUAAUGGCAUGCAAAACAUAAUGGUAGUUAUAAUUCUACAACAUGGGACCUACCUUUUGGGCACCCCGGUAUAGAUCCUGCCCCUGCAGUCUCACUUCUCAAUUCUGUGACUAUGGCUGUAUAAACAAAGUGAUUUACCUCCCAAAUGGCAGAAAAUUUAGUAGUAAGACUACAGGGGUAUUAGAUAUACACCAAUACUGCUUUGUUAAGCUAAAGUUGUUUUGGUGCCUAUAGUGUCUCUUUAAAAUGCAGAUAGAGCACUAGCUAUUUAAGAUCAGAAAUAUGUGUUCUAGCGUACACAGAAAAUGUAACUUGCUCUUUGUCACUUCCAAACUGCCUAGGGGAGAGGAUCUGAAGCACACACUUUAACACCUCAAUCCCACUUUGCCAUGUCCUCACAGAGACCCCCCCUUCGGAACUGUAACACUCAUCUCCGGUCUGCCUGUGCCCUGCCCUCACUGUUCUUUGCACUGUUUGCAGAACUCCUAUGUGUUGCCGACAUGCUGCCUUUAUUGAAAGCAUUAUAUAGUAUAGUACAGUAGUGACUUUCACAACUAAAUAAAGUGCUCUAAGUGCAAUUAGUGUAAUUAUUUAUACAAAAUAGAGUAAAUAAAAACAUAUAUUGAAAGCAUGCCUGCAUUUGGAUGGAGUCACGUCAGUCACCCUGUUCCUAUACUCCUUAGCCAGCUCUAGCAGUGCCGGCUAGUUGGUUAUCAUAGGAAUCACAGCACACGCAUUGUGGUUGCUUUUGUGGGGGAACAGAAGAACCACCAGUGGGAGGUCUCCUAUUUUGUCCCUUGUCAUAAAUUUUUUGGCAUAAUUGAUUGACAUGUGGGAGAUAGACUUGUAUUUAGGUAGGUUUUUCUCCCAAUCUGUAUAUUUGCUAAACUAAUCUGUUAGCAUAAUAGUAUAGAUAGACAUGAAUGCUCUUUUAGAAAGAGCGAAAAUAAACGGCAUGACAGCUACCAUUUGUUUUCUGUGCACAGUUGCAGUAAUUCUGAGAGCAGAGGUUUCUGGAACUUGUACAAAUCGCAGAACACUUUGCUGUGCUUCUUCAUGUACAGCUGUGCUAUUAGACGGAGUUUCUCGACGUGCGGGGAGAUGGGGAACUCUGACAUCAUAUAUGCUGGUAGAGUAACCAGCAAGAAAAAUUACUCCAAACACCAUGACUACUUCAGUGAUAUGAAGUGUUCAUAGUUCUUGGAAUCUGUUCAUAUGUGAUUGUUCAUUAUGUGUCUGUUGUCUGCAAGCAGAGCAUGCUGGUGACAGACAACCAAUGACAGCAUGUUACCCAAGUCCUUCUCACUGCUUGUUUUCUGGGACACACCUGCAGUGACGGGAGAGUGACAUCAACGGAGGAGGAUAGGGCUUCAGUGAGACUUGUCAUUGGUGAUGGGUUGAAGGUAAGUUUGUUUUAUUUCUUGGUUUUUCUCCAACUUGGGGGAUUUUACUUGUAUCACUGGACUCCCCUCAAUACCUGUAAAAUAAAGAGUUCAUUUACUUCCAAUACAAAGGUGAGAGGGCCUCUCAUCUCUGCUGCAUCUGAUUGAUAAUUAUCAUCACUGAUGAUCUCCUGGCCAGUGGAAUGCUUCUCAUAGAGAGAAGUAUUAGCAGGCGAUAUCUAUGCAGUACCAUCAAUGCUUCUCAUAGGCUUUCCCUCUUGGGGCACAAAGCAAUUGAGAAGAGCACCAUCCUGGUUGUCUAAAUUACAGCCAGAAUGAUGCAAUUUAGCACUUUUAUAAGAUCACUUGAAAUCAGCACUUUUACAAAAUAUAAGAGGGAACAUUCUGUUAACACUUAAAGCACUUAAACUUAAGGGACUUGGAGUGUUUAGAGAGGGAUAUGCACCCUAUGUUGUCAGAAACCCACAUCUAAUGUAUUGCUUCUCCAUUAGAGCUAUAAUGACAUUCAACAUUGACAGGCAAAUAAUGAUACACAUAUAUAAAUAAAGAUGUUAACUGCUUAUUUGACACUAUUAAUGGCAUUGUCAGUGCUGAGUGGAAGCACCUUUACAAAAGAGCCCAUGUCACGAAAGAUAAGAUGGUAAAAUUACCAGCACAGGAAACAUCAUUCUUCAUCUUAGAACCUGCCUCAAAAGCAUAUGCUAUUAGUAGACACUUGAAAAUGACAUUAAAAUUUUUGAAGUGAAAUUAAAUAGCUUGCAGAAAUAGUGUAGAAUAUUUAUCAGGGGGUUAUCCAAAAUCUCUCCCUAUUUAUUAACGUAUUUGAAAAGUAGUCUGUAAAGUAAUAAACAGUGGAAAAAAAAAUCACUGAACUGAAUGUCAAUGGCAGAAAAAAUGCCAUCCAGAAAAGGUGCAGUUUAUUUAGUGUCAUAAUUUCUUUAAACUGAUUUUUACUGCCCCUUCAUUCUGUCAAUGUUUUAAUAGUAGAGCGUAACCAUGGAAACCAAUGCUGUUUUACUGUUACAUUUUCAGAACUUUUUUUGCAUUUAAAGUUGUUUUUAAUACUUAAAGGAAUGCUCUAGACUUAAAUUGGUCUGUUCUGUUUUUUUUCCUUCUCUGCAUCAUAUUUGAUAAUACAUUAAAAGUAUGCAAAAAUAAUACCAAAAGAGGUGAAAGGAAACACUGAAGCUAUGUCAUCCCAUGUAAUGCUGUACCUUUGCUCAAUUCAUAGUUUGUAGCUGCAUGUUAAGAGUUGUGGGAUACUGUAUGUGUCAUUUAAUGUCAGGGAGCUUCUGGGUAGCUGUCCUGUCCUUAUGCAUUUUACGUCUUGGAGGAGGAGAAAGUGAUUUUAAUGUAAGCAUCUUUAAAUCUGUGUGUUUGUGGGUCUUUUCCCUCUGUAUAUAAUAUAUGUAAAUCAUUGAAAAUAUAUGUACCUUAUAUUUCUUAAACUCUAUUGUACAGCAAAUCCAUCAUCUGUACUGAGCACAACGUCUCGGCAUGUCAAUAAAUUUAGUUGAGAUUGUACUGCUUUUAUUUUUAAAUAUAUUGCCCAUAAAAACAUGUUUAUGUAUUCUACAAUUUCAAAUAUAAGGCCAAAUUAUCUUGCGCAGUAAGGGUUCAAUGACUGAUCAAUGAAAUGGAAAUCCCAACACAAAAUUCUUGUUAAAAUAGCCAAAUUGUAGCUAUUGCAGAUUUGUAGAAUUUUUUUACUUUGGACUGAAUGUUGUCGCUUAAUUUUUCAUUGCAAUUUUCUGAUACACAAGAAAUUGCUGCUAAAGAACAAUCGUUUUAUAAAGGAGUUUAUUCCUUAAACCGGAAUUGUGCAGAAUUGACAAGUGAAUGGCAGAAUCUGAAAAUGUUUUCAAUUCAGCUGUUUUGGCAUACACUUUUCAAUUCCAUAGUCAAUUCACUUUAAAUUCUAGUUUAGAGAAUACACCCCAUCAUGUACUGAUAUUUCUAAUGUUGCUUCAUGGAUGAACAUGUUGUUAUGGCAACACAAUUUUUUUUCCACAGAAGCAGUUAAUGUUAAAGGGGCACUUCACACAUAAAUUGACCACCCUUCCCCCAGUUUUAGUGCAGCAUGUAGAUAAUGCAUUACACAACAUGCUUACAAAUAAAUUAUAACUAAAAAGGUACUCUCCUCUAAACAUACUCCUUUCUAGUCAGUCCUUCCUUGUGUCCUCCAGGGAAGUGGCUGGGUGUUUCCAGCGAGUUAUUGUACUAGGCUGCAGUCAUAUGGCAGUAUCACGAAUCAUUUAAAGUGAACCUAUCCUUUCAGGUUUAAUCUAAUUGAAAUUGCCCCAUAACGAUUGAAUAUGUUACUUAUCGUGAAGAGAAAUGAUAUAUCCAAUGUGACAUUUUUAGAUACUAACAUUAUUUGCCUUUGGUUCUGCAUCACCAUGUUCAUAGGUCAGUGGAUAUUGCAUUACUGUUGCCAAGUUUGCUCCUGCAAGAGCCUGUACUGGCUGUCACUCAGGUAACCCUGGGAACAAAUGUAAAUAUUGCCAUUUCUCAGGAAAGGCAGUGUUUACAAUUGUCAGAUUGCACUGUGGGACAGUCUCAUUGCACUAGAACCACUACAUUAAGCUGUAAUGGUUCUAGUGCUUAGUGUGUCCCUUUAAAGGUUGCUAUGGUGGUUGUGAUGGAAGGAGUGCCCUGGUGCUAUUCCCCGGUAAGGUGACAAUCCAUAUGGCAGUGUUUGCCCACUUACCUAGGUCCCUCUGUGUGCCUGGUCUCCUUUGCAGCAGGGUUACAACAUCCGACUUCUGCAGAGGUGCAACCUGGAUACCAAACCUGCUGCUCAUUCAUUGGCUGAGAGCGUCUGCCAAUGAGUGUAACUCUGUGCAUAGAAAUAUGCACAGAAUUGAUCAUUAGUUGUGAGCUAACUAAUGACACCACAGUGAUGCUGUCAGAUGUGGAGUUACACCUCUGUCAGCAAAGGGGUUAAACUCCUAAUGUGCCGCUUUUCAUAGCAAAACGUUGUACAUACAGAUUCCAGGUACCAUGACCACUUCAAAUCACCAAAGUGGCCAUGGUGCUUGCAGUAAUCCUUUAAGGGACAUUAUUCCCACGUAGGACAAUCCACUUGUGUACAGUUCUCUUGCUCUCUCUGUAAAUCAGUUCUUUAGCUGUUUAUUCUAAUUUAAUUAACAGGUUUUUCAACAAGUCAAUAGGUUUGCUAUAACAAUGUACAGAUAGUAUUUAAUUUACUAUUAAAUAAAAAUGUUUAUACCAUGACACUUUAACUCAGAUACACUUAAAGGGACUCUCCAGUGCCAGGAAAACAAACCUGUUUUCCUGGCACUAGAGAAUCCUGGAGUGCCCCCCUUCCCAUAUCGCUGAAGGAGUUAAAACCCCAUCAGCUACUUACCUGAAUCCAGUGCCGAUGUCCCUUGGCGCUAGGACAGGCUCCACCCACUCUCCUCCCCCACCAACGUCAGCCGGCGGGGGAGACAUAAUACGCGCGUGCAGUAGACCUCCCCACAGGAAAGCAUUAUUUAAUGCUUUCCUAUUGGGAAAAUCUGACACUGGAGGUAUGUGAGGCCGUCCAGCGCCAGAUAAUGGACCAAAAGUCAGUUUGGAUUCCGGAAGCCCUCUAGUGGCUGUCUUAUAGACAGCCACAGAGGGCAGACUUAGAGCUGCAAUGUAAACAUUACAGUUCUCUGGAACUGCAAUGUUUAACAUUGCAGCACUAAGUGCAAAAGGGACACAGCACCCAGACUACCUCAAUUAGCUGAAGUGGUCUGGGUGCCUACAGUGUCCCUUUAAAUCUUUUAUAUCAAGAGACUAUUAGGGUUCUUCACUAAAGUGAGAAUAAUUUUAAAUUAUUGGCCAAAGUAGCUGAACUAAAAACAUAACUGACUUACUGUUUCCAAUUCAGCUCUUUUGGCCUUAAAUUUGAAAUUCACUUUGAAUUCUCAUUUCAGUGAAUAACCUUGUAAGUGCUCAGAUAGUUGAGUUUUAGGAAUCUUUAUUCCAGACAACCGAGCAGCAAUUUUUCAGCUCAGCAGAGCUGCUAUGCCAAGACAUUGCCAUUUAGUUGUGUGGAGUAAAGUCUCUGUUACUCACCUACUUGAUUACCUAGUCCUUCUGUUACAUACCUGCAUGCAAAUGCAACCUUAUAAUGUUAUUUAAUGGACGUCUCUGCAAACACUUAUAUCAGUACUGUGUUACAAAUAACAUAUUUAAAGAUAAAAGAAGUAGCUAGAUUUCAUUUUUUUUUUUAAAUGCAAAACCUGCUCAAACACUAUUAUAUAAAUUAAACAAAUGGACUCAACUAGGACUGUCUCUUUAAUACUGAUUCAUUGUGUGUAUGAAGCAGUGUUGUUUAUUUAUGAGGAGCUAUAUGAAGUAAAAUCAUCAUAGAAACUGGAAAUGCUGGAUACUUGGCUUUUAGUAGUUUGUUCUAGAAUUCUUGUUUACGCAGAACCCCCAUAUUGAAAUCUUCAUCUUGCAUGGAGUGUGUGAGAAAUUAGAAAUGACUAAUUUGGACAGUCUGAAACUAUACAAUGUCUAUGUUUUCACGGAAAUAGGCUUUAAUGUAAUUUUGGAUAAGCUUUUUAUUUGUUUAUUUUUUAUAUUAUUUAGUAUUUUUGGAUAAACUUUUAAAAUUAUAUUAUAUUUUCAUAUUUAUUGAUAUACUCUUGCAUUUAUAUAUAUAUAUAUAUAUAUAUAUAUAUAUAUAUAUAUUAAUAUUUUGGAGAUUAUCCAAAAAUAUUAUAUUGAGGCUAUAAUUAGGUUUACUUUGCAGAGAACUGCAAGAAUUGACAUUAGUAAACCUAGAAUGGGCUGAUGCCCCCGUCAUGUUGCUGGCAGCAUAGCAAAACGUUGCACAUACAGAAUCCCGGCACCAUGACCACUUCAAAUCUUUGAGGUGGUCAUGGUGAUUGGAGUAACCCUUUAACCAACGAGGUUUGCUGAGAGAGUUCUAGGGCUGGUCUUAUCAAAUCCCAAGAGUUUGUUCAGUGUAACAACAGAUGCUAGCUGAUUGUCUGGUACACAGGGUAAGGUUUGUUACUUAUGACCUCAUACUUUUAGAUUUGUGUAUCUACUGCUCCUGGUUUUUGGUAAUUUACUUUUCACUAAAUUGUUUAAAUGUACUUAGUGACAUCUACCAAACAUAUCAGUAUUGUAGAAAGUUAGCUCAGGCAUAGGUACAACGUUAGGUUGCACACAUGGCCGGAUAGUUACCAUUGGGUCUGGGCAUCUGGUUAACAUUAAUAUUGAAGAGCGCCAAAGAUAAAAGAUCACAUGUCAAAAUUAAAUAAAAAAACAUGAAAACAAGGUGGCUAUAAGUGUGCAAUAGGAAUUCCGUGGAGGUAGGCCCCACUACAGCAAGAGUCACUCAGUCAACCCACUCCCGAUGGUGGAAAGCCAUUGGAGUAGGCAGAAGGGCAACAAGGUGCAGCAGGAGAGCAGAUACGAGGUGGGGCGUCCCAUCCCCCUCUAGCUGAUGUGUAGACCAGCGUCUCAUGGCCACGGACCUGGCGACUCUCCGAGUGCAAGUCCUUUCCAUGAGAGGGAGAGCAGGAGGUCCGGAUGAUCGGGCGCCACUUGCGGCGGACAGUCCUCUGCUGGCGUGGGUGAUGCAUUGGGGCUAAACCCCUUGAGGACUUUAUCCUGGGAAGGCGAUUGGUAGGCACAGAUGUUCAGUAGCUUUAUCAGGAGUGAACUCUUGGUUUCCAUCCCUCUAUGCUCACUGCAGCUGCAGGUAAGGGUUAUGUUGCUGAAUGCUCUGCCAAGGUUGCCCAGAAUUGGUAAAAAAGUUAAUUGAGCUUCAUGUGUGAGUGCUCUAGCGUACCUGAUAGUGCAGCCUGCAGCAGUAUCGGGCCCUCCUUGAUUUGAGUGAAAGCAUCUGCCAUACUUCUGAGUACGCUUAUAUGCUCAUGCAGGUUGGAGCAGACUGCUGAUGGUUAGCAUGGCCUGAUAGUACAGUCCAGAGGGGGCUGGGAUAACCCACGCCGGCCCAAAUUGGGGGGAAAUGGCACCAUAGGAGAGUUUAGUUGGGGUCAGCGCCACGAGGGCUAGAGAGAGCACUCGCCUCUCCUGCCCAGCAAUCUACCAGGCCCCAUUGUUACUCCCGCAGCAGGGUCUGUAAGGUACCAAUCCAGAGCACCCAGUCCGGUACAGACAGUGUGUAGUAGCUUUAAAGUGCCUGAUGAGAGUGCUAGGAGUUGAGAAAUUUUAGUCCAGGAGUAGAAACUCCAGCACGAUGCGUCCUGCUGCCAUGAGGGGCCCCCCUCAGUUCUUUUUAGGUUGUACUUGCUUAGAGAUGGGGUAUUUUGGUAUGUAUAUUAGAGGUUGGCAACCUCCCUGUAGUACUCUACAUUAUUAAAUGAUAUCAUGGAAGCCACCAGAACAAUCUUUAUAUGGUAGUUUUAUAGGUGAGAAGAAGAAUAUUUAAAUAUGGCUAUAUGGCUUUUGUUCCAUAUACAAUAUGUGUCUGUUAGUCAUACUUCUAUGAAAGGGACGCUACAGUCACCAGAACAACUACAGCUUAUUGUAUUUUUUCUGGUGAGUAGAAUCAUUACCUUCAGGCUUUUUGCAGUAAACACUGUCAUACCUCCACUGGCCACUUCUAAGAUGGCUACUAGAGAUGCUUCUGCCAUUCAGUGUAUCUACCCUCUACAUGGAGACAUUGGACUUGCCUCAUAGAGAUGCACUGAUUCAAUGCAAUUCUAUGAGGAGAUGCUGAUUGGCCAGGGUGUUUGGCUUGUGCUGGCUCUGCCCCUGAUCUGCCUCCUUGACAUUCUCAGACAAUCCUAUUGGAAAGCAUUGUGAUUGACUGAGAGAAUCACUUCAGAUGAUGUCAACCAAGUAGGCAGAUCACUGGCAGAGCCAGCACGAUUUUACUAUAUUUAGGAGAUAUGGGGAGCUAGUUGGUCAGGAAUACAUGUUUGUGUUACUUUAAUGAAGCAGUUUUGGUGUAUAGAUCAUGCCCUGCAGUCUCAUUGCUUAAUUAUCUGCCGUUAAGGCCUUAAAUUACUUUUGUUUCUGUUUAUGCAGCCCUAGCUAUUCCUUCCCUGGCUGUGAUUGACACAGUCAGCAUGAGCAAAAUUAUUUUAGAUCCUACUUUAGAAGUUUAUAUCUCUGUUUAUUGAACUUUAAUCACACACAGGAGACUCCUGUAGGGUCUGACAGUAUAUUAAAGUGUCUCUAUCAACUCAAACGUACCUUUCUCCUACUGUUUCCUCUUCUGUUCCUCCUUUCAGAAUCUGUUCUUUUCUUUAUUUCUGAUCUAUUUCUCUCUAAAACAAGACAAAGCAUAGACUACAUUGUUUUAGAUACUUUUGUUACACUUCACAAUUUUGACAAAAGGGUGGAGCUUAAUGCAAACUUCAUCCUUUGUUAGCUUGCCAAGUAUAGGAAAAAUACAUUAGACAAAGUAGCCCCUACUUUGCUGGGUGUAACCAACUCUAUCUAAAUAAUUUUUUCUUAUUUUAAUUCACCUCUUCUGGCAAGCCAGAAUUGCUUCUUUCUUGGUGUACAGAUUGUCUAUCUCUCUACCUGCUAAUGUUUUGAUCACUUUCUUUUUUUAAAAUAAUUUUCUUGUUCUCUUGCAGUCCUUGCCCUGCGAGGGCAUGAUGCGCUGGUAAAUGUGUCACGCCCUCCUACGGACUUGAAAUGUCUGACGCAUCCAUCUCAGGGAGUGAGCCAGAGUUGGACCCAGAGGACAUGGAGGAGGAAGGUAAUGAUGAUGAUGAUGAUGAUGAAGAAGAUGAGGAUGAUGAGGAAGAAGAGGAGGAGGAAGAAGAAGAAGAUGGUGAUGGUGACGAUGAAGAUGGAAUGGAAGAUGAGAAUGACGGUGAUGAUGAGGAUGACACAAAUGAUAAAAAAGGUAAGAGAAAAGAACAUUACACUUUGGACAGUGAUUGAAUUAUUCAAAAACAUGCCUUUAAAAUUACUGCAGUUGUCUUUUUCUUAGAGAGACAACAUUUCUUAAAGGGAUACUAAAAGCACCAAAACAACUUUAGCUUAUUGAAGCAGUUUUGGUGUAUAGACCAUGCCCCUGGUAUCUAACUGUUCUGUUCCCUGCUAUAUAGGAUUUAAAUCACUUUUUUAUGUAGCCCUAGCCACACCUCUCAUGCAUGUGACCUACACUGUUUAUGUACAGAGAGAUCUAAUGUUUAAACUUCCUUUGUUGCACAGUCUUUUUAAUUUAGAAUGUAUUUCUUACUCUGUUAAAAACCUGCUAAAGUCUGCAGGAGCCUCCUGCAUGUGAUUAAAGUUCAAAAGUGAAAGAUAAAAAUUACAUACACUGAGCUGUCACAUCUGAUUGAAAAUGAAACCAUUUUUUUCAUGUAGGCUGUGCGAGUCACAGCCAGAGGAGGUGUGACUAGCUAUGAAUCAACAAAAGUGAUUUAAUUCCUAAAUGACAGAGAUCUAGCAGUUAGACUACAUCACGCGGCCAUAGGUUCGCCAUCAAUGCAGAGUAGGCACCUGCCUGCCCAAAACGGCAGGCGCCUACUCUGCUUCCGUGUCGGGAGGCAGGGGGAGGGAUCGGUGAAGCAGCGACCAAGCUGUGUGGAGCAUUGCCGCGCGUUACCAUGGCAACUCUCCACAAAGGUAAGAAGGAGGGAGGGUGGCAUAGCAUAUUUUUUUUUUAAAAAACACCUUUACCCCAGCCCCCCACACACAGCACCACUGCCCCCCCAUAGCACCACUGCCCCCACACACAGCACCCCUCCCCACACCCAGCAUCCCUCCCUCCCCACACCCAGCUUCCCUCCUGUCCCCUACACCCAGCAUCCCUCCCCACACAGCAUCCCCACAACACACAGAGCACCCCAACCCCCCACAGCCCAGCACCCUUACCCCCCACACAGCACAGCACCCCUCUCUCACACACAGCACCCCUAACACACACACACACACACACACAGCACCCCUCAUACUCACACACAACACCCCUCACACACACACACAGCACCCCACAUACACACCACCACUCAUACACACACACACACACACACACAGCAACUCUCAUACACAAACACAUAGCACCCCUUACACACAGCACCCCUCACACACACACACAGCACCCACACACACCCUCACCCCCACACACACACAGCACCCCCAUACACACACACACACAGCACCCCUCAUACACACACACACAGCACCCUCCUACACACACACACAGCACCCCUCAUACACACACACACAGCACACACCCUCACACACACACACACACACACAGCACACCUCACACACACACACACACACACACAGCACCCCUCAUACACACACACACACAGCACCCCUCAUACACACACACACACACAGCACCCCUCAUACACACACACACACACACACAUACACACACACACACACAGCACCCCCAUACACACACACACACACAGCACCCCUCAUACACACAACACUUUAGCACCCCAUACACACACACACAGCACUCAUACACACACACAGCACCCCUCAUAUACACACACAGCACCCCUCAUAUACACACACAGCACCCCUCAUAUACACACACAGCACCCCUCAUACACACACACACAGCACCCCUCACACACACACACAGCACACACACAGCAACCCUCAUACACAGCACACACACAGCACCCCUCACACACAAACACAUACACUACACCCCUCAAUGCAGUAUGUGUGUGUACUCAGCAGUGUGUGUAUUCAGCGGACUGUGUGUGUGUGUAUUCAGCGGACUGUGUGUGUGUGUGUGUGUAUUCAGCGGACUGUGUGUGUGUGUGUGUAUUCAGCGGACUGUGUGUGUGUGUGUGUAUUCAGCGGACUGUGUGUGUGUGUAUUCGGCAGUCUGUGUGUGUGUACUCGGCAGUCUUUGUGUGUGUACCCACCAGUCUGUCUGUAUGUGUACUCAGCAGACUGUGUGUGUGUAUUCAUCAGUCUCUGUAUUCAGCAGUCUUGUGUGUGUGUGUAUUCAGCAGACUGUGUGUAUGUAUUCAGCAGUCUGUGUGUGUAUGUAUUGCAUUUGUUGGAGAUACUAAUAAAUAUAAGCUUAAUUUUAUCUAUUUAUAUCAUUAUUUAAAAUUUGUAUCAUUGAACUCUCUGUUGUUGUGUUCUUUUAAAACAAAAGUUGUUAAUUAGUUCGGACAACAGUACGAGUUGUUUUUUCUAAACUUAAACCUCAGUAUCGAGGUUUAAUUGCUGUGUUGGCACUUUAAGGAAAAAAAGUUGGCAUGUAUUGCGGUUUGGGCACUCGGGCUCAAAAAGGUUUGCCAUCACUGGACUACAUGAUCAAUACCCCAGAACUGUUUAAUUAAUCUAAAGUUGUUUUAGUGCUUAUAGUAUCCUUUUAAAGGUACACUCUAAGCCAUAUCUUAAUGUAGUGCUUUUGGUGCAUAGAUGCUACUUUUUGACAGUAAAACAUUGCUGUUUUUAGAGAAACAGUAAUGUUUUUGUCAAUCUUUCUUUUAUUAGAGGCAUGUGAAAAAACAGUACAGAAUAAAAGAUGGAGAGUUAUAGAAAAAAAGGAAAAAAAGUGAGAAAACGGUAAUGUUUGAGAAUGCACCAUCAGACAGAGAGCCACUAGAGGCUCAUCCACUUUAAGACCUUCUAUUUUGAGAGGUCUUUAAGUUUGCUAGGUAUGUCCAGUACUUCUCAUUCUAUGGCUAUGAGAUGCAUUGGGUUAGGUAGUCACAGGGAUUGCACAGUUAUCAUUAUAAUUGAUGAACUCUCAGAAGGCAGAGAGGUGUAUGUCUUGUUGCUGGAUUGCUGGUAAAUUUAAUAACUGGGGGUGGCUGGGUCUAAAAACAAGACAGAACACAUGUAACUUUAAAACUAAUUAUUUUUAUAAUUUUCUAUACACAAAGUUAAGAAUAACUCACCUCAAUCCAGCGCCGAGGCCAAGUUCUACUGGCAUUCCAGUGCUGGAGGGUGAGGGACAUCCUUGAAGACAGGCUAAGGGGAGGAUUUAGGCGGCAUGAAGGUUCACAUGCUAAAAAUGACUUUUUUUUUAUUGCCAAAGUGUGAUUGUUAUGGUUAGAACCUGCACAGCUUGUGCUGGCUUUACCAGUGGUCAGCUAAUCUGAGCAUGGUCAAGAUCUUUGCAAGCAGACAUUUUUGAUGGUGAACCGGUAAAAAUUAGCAGCAAUUUUUAAAACUAUUCCGUACUUAGUAGCCGCUUCUACCUUCCAGCUGUUAUUGAUAAUGAGAGAUUAUUAUUAUUAUUAUUAUUAUUAUUAUUAUUAUUGCCAUUUAUAUAGCGCCAACAGAUUCCGUAGUGCUUUACAAUAUUAUGAGAGGGGGGUUUAACUAUAAAUAGGACAAUUACAAAUAAACUUACGGAACAAUAGGUUGAAGAGGACCCUGCUCAAUCGAGUUUACAUUCUAUAGGAGGUGGGGUGUAAAACACAUUAGGACAGGAGUUUGCAGUCAAAUAAGGUGGGCUGCCCUUUAGGAGACAGGUAUGUGAGGUAGAGGUUAGUCUUGGAGGCCAUAAGCUUUCCUAAAGAGAUGGGUUUUAAGGCACUUCUUAAAAGAUGCAAGAUUAGGGGAGAGUCUGGUGGCGGUAGGCAGGCUAUUCCACAGGAAGGGAGCCGCCCGCGAGAAGUCCUGCAAGCGUGAGUUGGCCGUACGGGUGCGGACAACGGACAUGAGGUGGUCACGGGCAGAGCGGAGAGACCGAGCAGGGACAUACCUACGGAUCUGUGAGGAGAUAUAAGAGGGGCUAGAGUUGUUCAGUGCUUUAUAGGUGUGAAUUAGUACCUUGAAUUGACUCCUAUAGCAUACAGGAAGCCAAUGUAACGACUGGCAGAGGGGUGAGGUGUGAGAGAACCGACUAGAGAGGAAAAUCAGUCUGGCAGCAGCGUUCAUUAUGGACUGUAGUGGUGCAGUAGGGCUUUUGGGAAGACUGAUCAGGAGAGGGUUUCAUUAAUCCAUGCGGGAAAUUACUAGAGCAUGGACAAGCUCCUUGGUAGCAUCUUGUGUAAGAAAGGGGCGGAUGCGGGCUAUGUUUUUAAGGUGGAAUCUACAGGAUUUGACAACAUGCUGAAUGUGAGGCUCAAAGGUGAGGCCAGAAUUAAGUAUGACGCACAAACUUGAAGGGAGAGCGAAAGAGGAGGAUCAGUAUUAGGAGGAGGAAAUACAAGGAGCUCAGUUUUAGAGAGAUUGAGUUUCAGAAAGCGGGUGGACAUCCAGUCAGAGAUGGAAGAAAGGCAAGCAGUGACACGUUGCAGGACGGCAGGGGAGAGGUCCGGGGAGGAGAGAUAUAACUGGGUGUCAUCAGCGUACAGGUGGUAGUGGAAUCCAAAAGAGGUAAUAAGUUUGCUAAGAGAGGCACUAUAAAGAGAAAAUAGAAGGGGACCAAGGACAGAGCCUUGGGGGACUCCAACCGAGACAGGAUGAGGGGAGGAGGUAUCAUUAGUAAAGGAGACACUAAAUGAGCAUUGGGAGAGAGAAGAGGAAAACCACGAGAGGACAGAGUCACAGACACCAAGUGUUUGAAGAAUUUGAAGAAGGAAAGCAUGAUCAACGGUGUCAAAGGCCGCAGAGAGGUCAAGAAGAAUUAGUAUGGAGUAGUGGCCUUUGGAUUUAGCUGUGAUUAGGUCGUUAGUAACUUUGAUAAGCGCAGUCUCGGUAGAGUUGAGAGGGCGGAAGCCAGAUUGAAGAGGGUCAAGGAGAGAGUUGGAAUUGAGGAAAUGAGACACAUGGGUAAAGACAAGUCUUUCCAGAAGCUUUGAGGAAAAAGGGAGCAGGGAUAUGGAACGAUAGUUAGAGGGGGAGGGCGGGUCGAGGGAUGUUUUUUUUAGUAUAGUUACUACAGUGGCAUGUUUAUGGUCAGCAGGGACAAUGCCAGAAGAGAGAGAGCAGUUGAAGAUGUGCGUUAUUGAAGGCACGAGACAAGUGUAGAGAGAUCUAAUAAGGUGAGAUGGGACAGGAUCGAGCGGGCAAGUGGUGGGGCGAGAGGAAAAGAGAAGAGCAGCCACCUCUUGGUCAGUGGCCGGGGAGAAUGUCUGAAGCAGGGGUCCUCAAACUCCGGCCCCCCAGAUGUUGCUGAACUACAACUCCCAUGAUUCUCUGGCUAUCUAUGUAAUUCAAAGAAUCAUGGUAGUUGAAGUUCAGCAAUAUCUGGGGGGCCGGAGUUUGAGGACCCCUAGUCUGAAGGGUAGGAAAGGCAUGAUCUAUGUGUGGUUGAGAAACAGAAUGGCAUUGAGGGGACUGCUAUUUGCUGACCAGGGCCAGAUUUUAUUCUGUUAGAAAAACCUUUUCAAAUAAUUAUCUACAGAAGUCCCCACUAAAAUCUGUGGGAAUUGUUGUAGAUAAAUUAUAUUAAAUGAUUUUCCAACAGAUUGUGAUCAUUUGAAAAGCUUAUCCAAAAGAAUUCAACUGAGGCCAAGGUUGGAAAUGAGACCGGAGUCUAGGCAAUCUACAGGUUGCCCUUUAGCUAUGGUAGUAAUAAAAGUCCCUUGAUGCAUGGCAGUAUUUCCAAGGCAUUAAUGGCUAACUAUGGCUCUCUAGCAAAAUUAAAGUCAAUUAAUAAGACCCUGACCUCACACUAAAAUGCAUAUAUAAUAGGCCAGUAUUGGUUAUGUAAGCGUCUUGUGAGAAGCCAAUGUGGGUGGAAGGAGACGUUUAUAGGGCGAUUAACUGGGAAAACUGCUGUGGAAUGUAAAAUCCCCACCAUUCUUUCUUUGCAUUAAGUGUAAUUAUAUAAUUCUGUAUCCUUUGCAGAGCAUUUACUGAGACUUUCAUAUAAAUUAGAGUGCUGCUCAGGCUCCGACAUAUAGUUCUAUAUUAAUUUAUUUUAUUGUUGAUUCCAUUGAUAAGUAAGGGAUUUAUCUAGUAGGCAGUGAUAAGUGCAGAACAUUAGAACAUUGAUGGUGCCAUGUUCUUUUAAUUUAGCAGGGGUAGUUACAGUACAGUUUUAUGCUGAUGGUUACUGUAAUAGAGAAACAGCUGUGAUUUGUAAAGGAUAAUUAUAAGAGGAGGGCUACUCUAAAUGACCAGUGAUAGGGACAGGAAAGUUAUAUUAUGAGGGGUCCUGUAAUUUGAGUAUUAAUAGGUAGAGGGCAGUUACAGGUUGAGGGUCCUGUUAACAGAACAGUGAUAAGGACAGGACUAUAUAGGGUGAGCGGUUUUGUUGGACAGGGCAAAUAAAGGGCAGUUGGUGCUGUAAUAGAGCGGUUAUAGGAUGAGGGAUCCUGUAUAAUAGAGAAGUGAUGGGUGGUACACGUUGGUGCCUUGGUAUGCUAGAUGCUGAUCUCAGAAGUUGCAGAGACCUCAUUGAAAGCUCAUCCACGUGUACGUACAUUAAACCCUGAUCAGUUUACUUCUGACAUCACAAGAAAAAGUGAUAUGAGUACACAUCCCGAGGGAUUUUUUGUAUGAAAUUCUGCUCAGACUCCACAUCAAAGUAAAGCGAACUAUAGCCAGCCCUAACUGACUUAACAAGGUUCAUUCAUUGAACCAGUGACUGCAUGAAGGGGAAAAAGAUAAAUGCUAAGUUUUUCAUAUACCAAGUAAAGUUUCCAUGAAUGAAAAUGCUUGCUUACUUCAGCUGUGAAAUGGUUUAUUUUUUUUAUUUUGUAUUAAUUUUAGCCUUUGUUUCCUUAUGAUAUUGUAUUCCUCCCUUUAUGUGCUUGGAAGUGGGUUAGAAUGUUACCUAAUAGGUGUGUGGACAGGGCUCCCUCAGGUGCUAUUGGAGACUCGUCUGAGCUUUGUGCUUUGCACAACUCACCAGACAGUCUGGAUUUUGUUGUCCCUUAUAAUCCUCCCUUGGUCCCCCCCUCCCUGCAGCGUCUGUAUAAUGCUUAUGUAAGGAUCCAGUCUGCAUUACUUAGUAAAGAGAGUGAGACUCGCUAAUCUGCCAUCAGUUAUUUGAACUGUACUUUGUUUUAUAAGCAUCUUAGUUGGUUCUAAUUAGGUUCUGUCCUGUUCCUGUAUUCAAUAUCCUGAACCUCCCAUCCACACUGUACAGCAGUAGUACCCAGUGUUCAUGAGAGGUUCCUUUCAUAUUCGUUCCUGUUUCUCAGCAAUUGUCAUCUACAAAAACCUCCGGACUUUUCAGUGUUGGCCAUGAGGCUUUUGGAAGAAUCUGCAGUACUUGCAGGUACCAGUAAAUUCUAUUCAGACUGUUCCGUACCAAUAGUAUUUAUAGUACUAGCUUGAAAACAGAGAGGGGAUGAUAUGACUGAGCUAUAGAGUGUAGCAAAUAAGAAUGCCACACAUAAAAACUGAUGGGACAAAUGUAGCCUAUUUUUAUAAUAUUACAGUGGAAAAGGUAAAGAUUAAAAAGGGAACUGGAAUAAAUGGACUAAAAGAAGGUUUAGCUAUGUUUGCUAAUCACUGGCUAUAGCAAGUGUUUCUUAAUUUGAGGAGUGUACCUGACUUUUGUUAGGAGCCAGGGGAACGCUGCGCUUUACAAAAGCACCUUAUUCAGUACCAGUAUUUACAUUUUUAUGAACUUUGGUUCUAGGAGUUUGUCAGAUUUUAAAAACCAACAGAAGUCUGCUUUUAUAUCCAAAAUGACACGGCUAUGUUAUUAAGCUGGACACCAGAUGUAUUUUCUGAGUUGGAAUCAUGUUGUAGAUGGCUUUGGUUAAAACUAAACUCAUUUAUUCUGAAAUUGUUGUGUGCAUAACAGUCAAUCUGCUCUCUCGUGGGCUUUGCUAAUUACUCUUAUUGCGUAUGGUGUAAAACGCACGCUCUCUGUGACAGGAUAGUGUAGAUGGGCAAAUCUAUAAAUUUUUCAUGUAAACAUCAAUGUCCCAAGGACAAGUUGCUAUUUUGCAUCAUCAUGUUGCUAAAUAGGAAUAUGUUUAAUAGAACAAACAGGGCAAUAAUCCCAUCAAUAAUCACGCAAUAGCAGGGUGCUUUGAGUAAACUUUGGGAAAUCAGGAGAAAAAAAUAUAAAAAAAGAUGGAGGGAAGAUAACCCUACAAAUUAAAAUUUGUGCUUCACGGGAAAAUUAAGAUCCUUUCCUCCUUUAAACUCCCUCCCCUCUAAAAAUAAAUAAAUAGAAAUCAAUCAAUAUCAAAACACAUUUAUUAAAGACUGUUAAAUUAACUAAAACUAGGUCACCAAGCAGCUCACCUCCUGUAAAAUAUAAGGGUGUAGUCACAUCAAAAUGCUGUUUAUGUAAGAAAAUAUUGUUAGUUGGUCCAUUUGAUAUUUAUUUAAUAUUUGUUUUUAUAAAGGCCCACUGGUACAUCUGAUAGGUACUGUGUGGGUCACUUUCAGUAAGGUAUGUAGUUGAUAGUAAUCUAUCAAUCUGCAAUUUUCUGUUUUGCUUGCUUUUGACAUUAAGAGGAUUUGCGCACGCGUCACACAAGGGGUGCUGGGAAUAUACUUGGCUUCCACUGGCCACAAUGGUUUUACUGGUUCCUGUGUUAUGCUUCCUAUUCUGUGUAUUAUGAUGUACGUUUUUUCUUUUCAUUCAUUUUGCUUUUGAGUUUCACAGGCUGAUUCCUAGUAAAGAAUUUGCUGAGGAUUAUGUAAUGUUUCUUUUCAUUUUAUGUAACCAUGUUCAGCAGAUACUGCUUGCAUAAGAAGCUGAGAAAGGUUUAGCACUUUCAUAUAAACACGUUUUUGAUGUUAUCAAGUUAACCCCAAAUUAAUCUUUCCCAGUGUGUUUUUCUUUAGGAUUUAUUUAGAAUUAGGGAGUUUGAAAUUAAUUUGAUCCACCGUUUGCUCCAGAGUGAUUUCUUUUGUUUAGAUAAAAGCCUUUUAUCAUAAUGUCUUGUCUUUGUGCCAUCUCAGAAGCUUGCUGUUCAUGUGUCACUACCCUUAGGGUUUCGGAAUACAUGUCCCUAAUGUCACUUAUCCAUGCUAGGAGCUGCUGUAUUCAAGCCAUUGAAGCACAAUUGAGGUGACAGGCAAUUACAUGUGACAUUUGGAAUCAUUUGUUUUUAAAUGUUUUAAUGGGAUCAACAACAUAUAUCAGUUAAAAUUAUAAUAUUAGACAUCAUACACAUAUUCUGUAGGCAACAUGUCUUUAGUGUUGUUUUGUCUGUCAUCUAAGUCUGUUUUUAUAUGACAGCACUGCUGUUUGUGUAACCUGUGUCCACGUCAGUGUGAUCUCUGAAUCUCAAUAUAAAUCUCGUGGGAAUCUCAGGUUCUCAAUGACCAUAAUUAUAGUAACUCUGUAUCCAUGUUUCUUAGGUGUUUGAUUUAUUUCUGAAAUCUUAGGGUCAGUGUUACUGAUACCUUUGGGUGCCUAUGAUUAUAGUAACGUCAUGUCCAUGUAUUUUAGCUCUUUGUUUCUAUAUAUAAGAUUUUAUGGUCUGUGCUCAUGGCAACUGUGUCCAGUUCUCUGAGAUCUACCGGUUUCAGUAUCCCCUCUCUGGGUACCCAAGGUUUUCCUUAAUUUGCCUUCCUCUGGGACCUUUUAUGUUCCUGAAUUGGUCUGUUAUGCUCUCUGAAUAUUUUUUCAGGGUUAUAGUGUUGUCCUUAUAGAGAGUGUUAACCAUUAUUUAUACUUGUUUUCAGAGAAGUCUCAAAGUGCAGCAUUGGGAGCAGACAGCUCUGAGCAAGGUGAAGAUGAAGGCGAAGGAUGGAAGCGCUCAACUACCUCAGGACAGAGUACAAAAGUAGCAACAAAUGAAGAGUCAAAACAGAAGCGGGCACAAAAGCCUUCCCACAUGAGAAGAAACAUCAGGUGAGACCACAGAGUACUAUGUCAGAUUGUGUGUCAAAACAUUUAUCUGUGUUCCCUCUUUUAUUCUGUUAUUGAACUUUGAAAUUGUAUAUGUUCUGAACUAGGUGGCACAAUGGAACUCACAAUUGACUCUUGUUUUUCUCAUCUUACUCCCAUUCUACACAGGAAGCUGCUCCGGGAGGAUCAGCUUGAAGCUGUGACCAAGACUGCUCAGCAAGAGGAGUUAGAGCGAAGAAAACGUCUGGAGCAGCAGAGGAAAGAUUACCCUCUGCCUAUCAUCCCGACACUGCCAGCUGUGCCCCUUGACUUUCUGAAUGGUGAGCCCUGCAGUUUUAGGGUUAAAGCUUGGUCAAAGAAACAUGUGAACGUUGGAGAUGUGAGUGGUAGUAAUUACAGAUCUACUCCUUGUUCUGUUUCAACAGAGGAAAUUGAGUUGAGACCAGCAGAUGUGUCACAGAUUGUGAGCAGUCAAGAAAUUAUAUGUCUGGAUACGAGUAGUGGUGACAGUGACGAUGACUCGAAGGAAACUGUGCACGGGCUCAAGGAUGGUAAGAAAAAGAAAGAAAAAUCAAGGCAUGACGAAGACCAUAAGAACUUGGUAGUAAUUUGAUUUCUAGGAAUUUUAAAGGAAGCUGAUGAAGUAUUGCAGAAAAAGAUUAUAGGUUGCAAGAAUAUAUAUGAAUGAUAUUGAAGAAGCAGAAUUUGAUUUAAAGGUGACUGCAGAUAGUUGUUCCUCAGGCUUUAAUAUUUUAUUAAGUGAGAUAUACCUCCUGUUAGGGAGGAAUGUGUGUCCAAUAAAGUGCUAAAGAUCAAGAAUAAAUCACAUCUGCUCAAAACACAUGUGUGGAAAUACCCUAUUAUCCACACUUAAAAUAGUCCAAAAUCUAUAAGGUAGUAUAAGUGCAAAAAUCUACACCUCUAAGUGGAGUGCUGAGAGAAAUAACGGGGUACACUUACCCCAUAUAACUUGGGGUGACAAUAUUUGUGGGGAUGGCACUAUCCCUAAGUAGAUUCAAUAGGCUCCAGAGGACUAUUUUAAAAUAAUUAGAUUUUAAUACAAUAUACACAAAUAACAUAUGAAAGACUAAAGUGUAAAAAGUCCUGGAUAAGCCGAAACGCGUUUCACUCUUGUAGAGCUUCCUCAGUCAGCUGUGCACUACUUGUAUUAAAAUCUAAUUAUUUGAAAAUAGUCCACUGGAGCCUACUGAAUCUACUUAGGGGUAGUGCCAGCCCCACAAAUAUUGGCACAUAGCUACUACUCCUCAGAGCCAGGAUACAGGGCUCUGAAAAAGGUGAGCACUUUACUUAUUUUCACCACUGCAACAAUUGAGACAGACAGCACAUUUGUUCUCAUCUCUCUAUGUGUUAUCUUUGAGAUCCAACAUAUUGUGGAAUGCAGGUGUGAUGCUGCCUUAAAAGCAUACAAGCCUGAAUACGGAGCCAGUGUUUAUGUAUAGGCUCCUUUAAAUGUGAGUGUUCCACUUCACAAUUAUUUUAUCUAGUUUAUCUUUAUGUACCAUCUGCACUAUAUUGCUUUUUUUACUCUUUUCACAUGUACUGCAAAUUAAACUUGCUAUCAAGUUAUAUGGGGUAAGUGUACCCUGUUAUUUCUCUCAGUGCUCCACUUAGAGGUGUAGGUUUUUGCACUUAUACCGCCUUAUAGAUUUUUAAUACUUUAUUAAUUCAUUAUAUGAUAAUAGGUAUAUUCAUCAAUGUGUAAGAAUAAUCUCAAUUAAUCAAAGGAUUCUUUCGUUUUCACUUCGCGAUGCAUGAUCACCAACUUUGCUCAUUUGAGAUAUAGAUGGAAGGAUAGAGUAAUACGUUGUAGAAUGCAAGGAUUUAACAAUGUGUUAAAAAGCAUUUUCCUUCUCCUCCCCCUUUGCCCUACUCAUCUCUGCUUUUCCUCACUCAGAAAUAAUAGAGCUGAGCUCUGGUGAGGAGGAGUCUUUGCACAUUGUAGAUAGCGGAGAGUCCACCAAUGAUGCUGAUGAAGAUCUAGGUACAGAAAACAGUGGCUCACAUGUCAACGAUGCUUUGAACCUACCAGAUGCGUUAGGUCGUGUCUUGGUUAAUAUCAAUCACCCACCCAAUGAAAAAGACAUUUUCCUGGCUCCACAGCUUGCACAGGCUGUUAAACCUCACCAGGUGACUAGAGGGACACUUUGCUAUACCUUUUCAUUCUAUAGCUCUACACUUCCUUUGUCAGUCAAUCUUACUACAUUUCAUCUGUAUAUUUUUCCAUGUCUGGCAUAUUCCUCCAUGUUUCUAUCAAGAUUGGUCUUCUUCGUAUCUCUUUGCAGGCCCUCAUACUUCCUCCUCCCCCUCCUAAUGUUGCUACUUUCACUCUCUCAUCUUCUCCUGCUCCAUAAACUCACUGUCAACUGUUUCCCCAUUGCGUCUUCUUGCCCCCUGUCAUCCUAUGUCUAAUUUCUUACUGCCAGAUUGGAGGGAUCCGCUUCCUGUAUGAUAACCUUGUCGAGUCACUGGAGAGAUUCUCUGGCAGCAGUGGGUUUGGCUGUAUCCUAGCACACAGUAUGGGUCUGGGAAAAACCCUGCAGGUCAUCUCCUUCCUGGAUGUGCUUUUCCAGCACACAUCGGCCAAGACUGUGCUAGCAAUUGUACCGGUAAGAGCAGGGUUAUUUGCAUCUGGUAUAUACCAGAGCUGAAAGUCUCAGUUUGUACUGUUGCUGCAUGUACCUUAGUGUUUAUCUACUAAACCCAGAAUUGUGGAAACUGAAUUGUUAGGCAUUGAAGUUGAACUGGGAAUAUAAUGAAGUUGAUGUUUUCCAGGUCAUCACUGUUUGCCUAAAAUACACAUUUUCUUUUUUUCAGUUUUACACAAUUCUCAAUUUACUGAAUAAUCCUCCAAAAACAAGUGAUGAUAAAGUUUACACAUUUAAACAAUGUUAUUUCCUGCUUCAAUUUCUAGUAACAAAUGCAAUACUUUAAGGCAACAGAGUAGCCUGUAAUUCUUUUAUUAACUCUGAAGAUUAAAAUAACUGUAGAGAUCUGUAAAAUGGCAGCAUCCAAAUGCCUCUUGCAAAGCCUGUCUGAAAUGUUGUUUUGUGCAUUGCAGGUGAACACCUUACAGAACUGGCUGGCCGAAUUUAAUAUGUGGCUUCCUCCAACUGAAUCCCUGCCUCCUGAUCAUAACUCUCAGCUGAUCCAGGGAAGAGCAUUCAAAGUCCAUUGUAUGAGUGACGAACACAAGUGAGUGAGCGCUGUGGAGGAGCUAAAAUGCAUUCCACUCAUACACUGCUUUAGAAUGUAUGCACACUGAUGCUGCUGCAGCUUAUGCAUAGAUAAUCACAGGCUAUUAGUGCCUAGAGACUGUGUAGAGGCCUGGCUAUCUCAUGAUAUUUAGUUCUGUGACAUUAGUACUGGAGUUAUUAGUUAUACCUACCUUUUGAAUUAACCACAAUGUUUGCACAGACUGGUAUUUAUAGCAAAGAAGAAGACAACUCUGUCCCUACAUCCCCCCAUGUCCCCGUUUUCAGGUACAUUUGUAAUUCUGUAAAUUUCAUCUUACCCCACUAGGACAACGGCAGCUCGAGCCAAGGUUGUUAAUGAGUGGUCAACAGAGGGUGGUGUUCUGCUAAUGGGAUAUGAGAUGUACAGGCUUCUUUCCCUCAAGAAGUCCUUCACUACUGGGAGGAAGAAAAGGAGUAAAAAGGCAGCAGGGCCUGUGAUUAUAGAUCUGGAUGAAGAGGAUCGGCAGCAGGAGAUGCUAAAAGGUAGGAUUAGCAGACUUGACCAAAGGUUAUUGGUUGGAUCAAUGAUUCAUUGAAUUGCAUUUUAUCUUACCUAUUCUUUUCAUUCCACAACAGCUUUUCUCUCUACUGAUCUGUGCUCUGUUUUUCUCCAUGUACCCAAACACAGGGAUAGAGAAAGCCCUGUCACGACCUGGCCCAGAUGUGGUGAUCUGCGAUGAAGGUCAUCGUAUAAAAAAUUGCCAUGCGAGCACAUCUCAGGCUCUGAAAAACAUUCGGUCUCGGCGGAGGGUGGUGUUGACAGGUUACCCCCUGCAGAACAAUCUUAUUGAGUACUGGUGCAUGGUUGAUUUUGUGCGACCAGACUUUUUGGGUACCCGUCAGGAAUUCAGCAACAUGUUUGAGAGGCCCAUACUCAAUGGACAGUGUACAGACAGCACCCCUCAAGACAAACGACUUAUGAGAUACCGCAGCCAUGUGUUGCAUAGUCUUCUAGAAGGCUUUGUACAAAGGUGAGUACCCACAUGCACCCCCAAUGAAACAAAAUGCCUGCAAAACAGGGUGUUCUUUGGCAUAUAGUUAUAUACAAUAGUGAUCGCCUAAAAGCACCAGCACACAGUUAACUCUGAAACACCAAAACAAUAAAUUUAAUAUAAAACCAGAAUAACUGUGUGGUGUGUUUAUAUGUGCAGAAAAUACACAAAUCAAAGUUAAAACCCAACGUGACAUCUCAUUAAGUAAUUAAAUGCUUACUUUUCCAUGUGUUGUAGUAAGUGCCAAGGAUGGAAUAAUAUAUCUUUACUUGUCACAUAUCAUAACAGACAAAACUGGUCGGAGAAAUCACCAUAAGAGUGUUGGACUUGGCUGUUUACACUUAUGGAAGUGCUUCCCUGUGGACUAAGGUGGCUUUGAUGUUUAGUGUGAAGAUCCACUAUUAUCCAUUGGCACAUGUGAUACUUAAUUUUAAGCCAUUGACAAGUGAGGAUUUAUUAUUCCGUUCUUGGCACUUACAAUAUAUGGAAAAGAAAGCAUUCAGUUAGUCAAGUAUUUCAGUUUGGUGUUUUUUGUUUUUUUUAAAUUAUUUAUUUUUCAAUUUUUUAACUUGGCAUAAACAGUAAGACAAACGUUAUAGCAUAUCGGCUUGUGCAAAAGCCUAUAGUAUAUGUCGUGCAAUUCCACUUUGUUAUACAUUAUGUAGUUCAGUACAUUAUCUUUUUACUCUGCUCAAUUCUACUGUCAACCAAGGUGUAUUUUUAGAAGAGUACACUGAAGAUAGCGAAAACCGUCUGCCAGUUCGCACUUCUGCCAUUGUACCAUUUGUUUUUCUCACCUUCCAUAUCUACAGUGCUUGUACCGCCCUUUUGCUUAUCUUUUGUAUCUGGCAUACGCUUGGUCCCAUGUAAAGCAUGGGAUAAGAAAAAAGAAAGGUAAAGAAAGGGAAAAAGGAAAAGACAGACAUUUAGAAAGAGAUGAGGGGGCACUGGCGAGCGCGGCGGGGAACAGGGGCGGCUGGUCCUUAACGCUUGUGACUAUGUUGCAUAGUGGCUCUGUCUAUGGUGACUGUCUAUCUUGUCUCCUGGCUCCUCAUGGGGCUCUGUGACGCACCGUUGGCACUCCGACCGAGUACCUCCGCCAAUCGAUGCUCCUAGUGCUUGCCAGAGGAGUCCAAGCACUCCAACCGACACCAUCCGCACUGCAGACCCCACUUCCAGCGAUGCAGCUGCGCCGGGGUCUCGCCGUCUCUCACCCACCCUGGAUCCAAGGCCAGGACCCAGCUUCCAGUGGGUGAACCUCUCCUAAAUCCAGAGAGCAGGAACCCGGAACAAAACAACCUCUUGCAAGAGCUGACUCUGGGGAGUAUGUGAUUAUAGCAAUCCCCAGAGUGUAGUUAUCCCAUCCCCGAAGCAUGAGCCAAGGCUUCAAGAAAGGGUCAAGCAGUUCUGGUUUAUUGAGGGCUACCUGCCCGGUAUUUAUGCAAGUGUCCACCAGGUGGACCUACACAGACCAGUGGGAGCGGGACCUUGGUGACCUGAUGGAACAAUGGGACACAUAUUUGAUAUUAGCCUAGGGGUCCUAGGGGACCUGAUGGAACAAUGGGACACAUAUUUGAUAUUAGCCAAUCAGAGACAAUACAAACAAAACACUCCCACAGUGACAUCACAAUCCCUCCUCUCUAUCCUGGAGAUAAUUGGGAAGUAAUCAAAUUAUCUCCCAGGACAGAGGCAAGACUCCAUUAACCACAUGGUUAUAAAAAGACAUAAAAUUACACAAUGUUACAAUUACUACAUAAAACAUAUACAUGCAACAUAUCCCCAGAUAGCUUAGAUCUGAGCACAUUAUUACCGAAUGGCGCUCAGAUCACAUACAUACAGUUCAAUCGCCAUGGAGCCAAAGUCUUUUCCAUAGUCUUUCGUUACACGAAUAGGCUCCAUGGCAUAGCUAUCUGGGGUAGCACUACUCACAUAUUGAAAGUUCCGAACGCCCAGGCAGAAAUACACAAAUAAACAUUUCUGCAGGGUAAAAUACAGCUAUCAGCACAGGGGCCAUAGUCGGAAGGCAGGAGGCUAGCCAGUAGUCCCCUCCAGGCACAAGUGGUGAAGGGCACUUCGUCACAGGCUCCUCUCACUUACCUCCCUGUCCCACUGGGCUGUUAUCCCAGGGUUCCCAUAUUUUUUGGAACGCUACUGUGGUGCCGUUCACCCUAGCUGUUAGGUCAUCCAUUAAUCUGCUAUCUUUGAUCCUAGAAAAUAUUUUGGUGAAGCUCGGUCCCUCUGGCGCCAACCACGCUGUUGCUAUCGCUCUAUGUGCGCUUAACGUAAUCUUGUGCAAUAGUUUUUGCUCCAUCCUGGUCCACCCCUCUAGAGACCUAUUCAGGAGGUAGACCCAAGGGUCCCAAGCUGGUGAUCUAUGGAAGAUCUGUUGCACUAAGUUCUCGACCGAUUUCCAAAAUCUAUUUAUAGUUGGGCAUUCCCACCACAUAUGUAUGUACCUUCCUCUGUUACCGCACCCCCUCCAUCUGUGUUUAUUUUAUGCAUUCUAAAAAGCUUCAGUGGGGUCAUGUACCAUCGGAACAUGGUUUUCCACGACUGCUCCUGAAGCAUCACGCACAUUGAUGUAUUUUUGCUGGCUUCCCAGAUUUCCUGUCAUUUAAUUCCUUCCAGGAUCUUGCCAAAGUCCCGUUCCCACUGGUCUGUGUAGGUUAGUCUGCCCCACUCUGUGUUUUCGGAGCUAAGGUGGGCAUACAGCAGUGUUAUUAAACCCUUAGGUGCUUUCUCUGUUGUGCACAGCUUCUCGAAGAAGGUCAGCUGUCUGCAGGCUGCUUUUUUGAUGUGGGUGCGGUUGGCAAAGUCUCUAAGUUGCACGUAUCUGAAGAAGUCCAAAGGUGUUAAAUUAUGAUUUUGCUUAAGGUCUUCAAACUGUACUAUUUCUCCCCCCUGGAACAUGUGGCCUAUCCUCUGUAGACCUACCCUUUCAAGGUUGCGAAAUUCCCUUGCUGCCAUACCCGGAGGGAAGGCUCUGUUUCGGAGCAGUGGCAUUUGUGGGGACGGGGAAGAGGCCAGGCCGUAUUUGAUGUUUGUCGCAUCCCAUAUACGUAGUGUGUUCAAUAUUGCUGGGCAUGUCGCCCUUAUCAAAGAUCUGUGUACCCACAUCGUAAACUGUGGGAGGUCCGAUCCCACCAUGAGAGCCUCUAUGUCUACCCAUUUCCGUUCGUCUGGGGGGGAGUGCCACAUAACCACCUGUGCCAGUUGGGCUGCUAAGUAAUAAAAAUAAAGGUUCGGUAGGCCUAGUCCCCCUCUGUCUUUUCUCCUGUACAGAACCUGUCUGGAGAUCCUAUGUCUCCUGUUCUGCCAUAUGAAAUUCCCUAUUGCUUGUUGUAGGGGUACCAAUUGUGUUUUUGUAAUGCGUAUGGGCAGCGUCUGAAAAAAGAAGAGGAUACGUGGGAGAAUAUUCAUUUUGACAGAAUGUCAGUUUGGGUUUUAACUUUCACUUUUUAGUGUAUUCGUUUCUGCAUAUAUGCACCACACAGUUGUUCUGAUUUUAUAUUACAUAUAUGGUCUUUGGGCAUGUUUGAGGUGCAGCAGAAAACAGAAUGGCCUUGUGUCAGGGUAAAUUCUGCCUCAGUGUCCCUUGUAACUGUCAAAGAAUUACAUUUUUGGUGGAGGGCGACUUCCAUAUGUAUAGCUGUCAUAUUAAAACCCCUUCCAAGGAAAUAAAUACAGUAUACUGAGUUAAUGGCUCUACUUAUCCCUAAAUAUAUAAUGUAAUGUAUGAUUGUUGUUUUAUAUAUAAUUUGGCCCUGCUUUGUAUUUACUCUCUUUGCAUUAAACAUUUUUCUGUCAUCCUCUCCUAAUUAGACGUGGACACACAGUGUUGAAGGCCCAGCUCCCAUCCAAAGAGGAGCAUGUCAUACUGGUGCGUCUGUCUUCCAUCCAGCGGGCCCUAUACACAGAAUUCAUGAACCGUUUUCGUGAUGCAGGGAACAGUGGCUGGCUAGGCCUCAACCCACUUAAAGCUUUCUGUGUUUGCUGCAAGGUGAGCAGGAGAGAUUUCAACACUUCUUAUAUUCUUGAUUUUACAUACAUAUUUUUUGUUGGGGGGGAGGUAGAGGGUGUGGUAUGUCUAUUUCUCAGUUCUUUCUUUCCCGGGUGCCACCAGCCAUGCGCAAUAUACCUUCUGUCUGUGAUUUUCCACCACCUUUCUUCAUGCUAACUUCAUACUGUAUCUCUCCCUAUAGAUAUGGAACCAUCCUGACGUACUUUACGAAGCACUCCAAAAAGAGAACUUGGCAAAUGAGCAAGAUCUGGAUGUAGACGACCUUGGCACAAACACCCGCUGCCAGCCUCAGAAUGCUAAGGUCAAGAUGGAGCCUGGAACACUAGGGGCAUUCAUGGGAGAGUCCAACAGCAAGCUGCUGCAGGGGAUGAGCCUGAAUCCCACCCAGGAAAAAGCCAAUCAAGUAGUCACCUAUGAGUGGGUAGGUGCCAAACAAGUCACAUAUGAAUGAAUGUACAUUGGGGGCUUUGGAAGGUAGGCCUGAGGGGUCAGUUCCACUAUCAAACAGAGCUUAGGAGGUGCAGCCAUAUUAAAUUAGUGAGUUGUCAUGUCCUUUAACUGAGAAGUACUGCGUGGUAGAGGCAGAUGGUAAGAUUUAUGCAUGGUGGCCUGCAAUCCCACAGCUCUCCAGGACUGAACUGGCUCACUGGGGUGUUUCCCUGUGGACUAUAGUUUAUGCGGUUGACCAAGCUUCUAUACAAUGGUGAGUAUGUAUGGUGUCACUGGAGAGUUUUGCAGGUGUCUAUGAGGUGGGAUGAGACUAUGUUUAUUAUCACAUGUCAAUGGUGGUAAUUGAGUUCUGGAAUUUCUUGGGCAUGCAGAGAUCUUUGCACUCCCUCAUGCUGAGCAUCCUUCAUUUGUCAAAACCCCUGUAGCACAUGUGUUGUGUGUAUGUAGGAAUUUCUAUGUGUUUCUUGACCCCCAGACAAUGCAAUGUGUUUCUUCUUGGUCCCAUGUAAAAAAAUUGCCAGCUCUCCCUUGUGAUUGUACCAAGGGGUGUCCAAAUGUGUCCCUGGGUCUGUUUGGUUGCACCAUAUUUGUCAUGCCUACUGACACACUAUAUCAAUAGACUCCCAUAUUUGCUAGGGACUUUUAUUUUCCAGUACUGGUUGCCUGUCUAUAUACCUCAGAUCCUUAUAAUACACAUGAUGAUUUGGUGCCUUGACAUGGAAUAUUUUGUAAUCUCUGAAACUGUCCGUGUAGUAAUAUUAAAGAGAUCCUGUAGUGAAAAAUUAUUGUUGGCUAUCGGAUCAGGAGAAAAUGAAUCUUGAUAAAUUAGGAAUUUGUUAUUACAUUUUUCUCCAGCAAACAAGCACAAUAAUUAUUUCUAGUUGUCUGCAUUAUGAGGGUAGCCGGUAAAUAGCCAAACUAGUGUGAAAAAGUGGAGCUGCUUUACUCUAUUAUAGACAGAAAAAAACAGAAUUGGGGGGCACAACCAGCGCAUGCAUUUCUUAGCAGUGGUAAUGCUGUAAAGAGCAAAAUAAAUAGAAAUUACAAAUUAAGAAACCGCACACAUUAAAGAAAAACUGUUUUAAGUCUUACAAAUCUUAAAAUCAACUAUCUUGGCAAACAAACAUGUCGUCUGGUUACACCCCUUUGGAGGUGACCACAGGAAAGCAUAACUUUGGGGAGAGUGAGACCCCAUAUUUGUUUGCUAACGUAGGUGAUUUUAAAGGGACACUCCAGGCACCCAGACCACUUCUGCCCAUUGAAGUGGUCUGGGUGCCAACUCCCACCACCCUUAACCCUGCAAGUGUAAUUAUUGCAGUUUUUAUAAACUGCUAUAAUUACCUUACAGAGUUAAGUCCUCUUCUAUUGGCUGUCUAUCAGACAGCCACUAGAGGGACUUCCGUGUUUUAAACGACGCUGGACGUCCUCACGCUAUGCAUAAGGACCUUCAGUGUCGCCGGAAUCCCCAUAGGAAAGCAUUAAAUGCACAUUAGGUCUCCCCUUCCAGCUGACGUGGGUGGAGCCUGACCCAGCACCGAGGGAUAUCGGCGCUGGAUUCAGGUAAGUCACUGAAGGGGUUUUAACCCUUUCAGAAACAUGGAAUGGGGGUUGGGAGGGUGAGGGGCACUGCAGGGUCCUGCAGUGCCAGGAAAACGAAUAUGUUUUCCUGGCACUGGAGAGUCCCUUUAAAUAGCGCUGUAAAUUUUAUUUUUUUGUUGCACUGUUCCUUAAUUUGUAUUUUGCUCUGUUACAUUGUGAAUGAUGUGAUGUACUAAAUAAAAAGAAAACUGCUAAUUCCUUUCUUUUUAAGUGUUCCCCAGCUUUCCCAUCCGCUAGCAUCGCCAUCCACACAUGCAUGAUUAGCUACUUAAAAUGUGUUUGUGAUCUUUGGACAGGUUAGUGAAGCUUCUGACCAAGGAUCAUCUAAAGCAGGGGUGCCCAAAAGGUAGAUCCCCAGAUUUUGUAGAAAUACAACCCCCAUGAUGCUUUGCAUGCCUUCAGAAUGACCAAGCAUCAUGGGGGCUGUAUUUUUAAAACAUCUGGGAAUCUCGGCCGACUGAACACAUUUGCAAAAGCUGCAGAUCUGGUUUCUCCUACCUUUUUAAGUUCUCGCCUUCUAAUCCAGACUUUUUGUUGCUGUCCAUUUGCAGAUUUCCCAGUACAGCUCAUUGAAUCUUUGCAAAGUAGUUACUCCGAGCAAUUGUCUGCCUCUUGAGUUUAGCCCUGUAACAUUCUCUAUGGUAAAGAUAGUUAAAGAGGUAGCUGGUAAAAUUACUGCUUCUUCUGUAAACGUCAAGCUUCUUAUAUUUUCUGAACUCUGAUGUAAGUGUGUGACUGGUCUGAUUCACAUUUUCUUUUUUUAGGCUAAAGAAAUUCUAUAUGAUUAUCAGCCGGGUCAGCUGCAGAACUCGCCCAAGAUGGUUCUGUUAUUCUACUUGAUUGAGGAGAGUAUGAAAAUGGGUGAUAAAAUUCUUGUUUUCAGGUAUGAGCAACAAGUGCUACUGCUUUGUUUUGUCAAUCAAUAGUAAUAAAUAACAAGACAGAAUUUGUAUGUAUCCUGUUUAGAGAUGGAAGGGCUUGGAAAAAACGGGUGGGGGAAAAACAAAAUUGUUUAAAAAAAACAAAAAACCCGUUUCUUUUGCCAGUAUGUAAUAUAUUUAUUUUAAAAUGAUAAAUAAUAUGUACAUGACGUGGUGUUCAUAUAUUUAAACCUCUUGUAUUAUGCAUAAAAACUAUACAACGUUACUUUUAGAAAGUUUAAGAAAGACUUAAUAUCUUUGUAAUCAUUGCAUUUCCCGUACCCUGAAGACAAGCAAAUCCUGCAAUACAAUUCAAAUACUUAUAGGGUUUUCUAAGUGACUGAAUCUCAAAUUCAAACAGCCAAAUUGGAAACAUUCUCAAAGUCAACUAUUCUCUCAGAUUGGUACUUUGGUCUGAAAUCUGGAAUUCAGUAUGAAUUUUCACUUGUAAGAAUAUACUGAAGAUGCAAUUUUCAAAAUAAAAUACAUUUUCUUUUUUUUAAAAAUAUUUAUUUUUGUCAUGCAUAGUUAAACAUUCAAGCUUGUCAUUACAUAUCAAAUGGAAGUAAACGCAGUAGGAACAUUUGCAUGUUUGCUACAUGACAUGUCAAAAGACUUUUUUAUGGUUUAAGGCGUCAUAAGAAAAGCAUUCAUGCCUGAAUAUUAUGGUUGGUAAUAGCUUAGAAAAAUAUGGCUUAUGACAGGCAUGGAUAUUGCAGGCUUGGCAUUAAUUUGUGAGUACGUUAAAAUGCAUUUCUGUCCCUAGGAGCACAGAAGUGAUGUUUCACUUUAUUUUGCUUGUGGGCUCCAUAUUGUUGGAAUAGUUUAUUGGUGAUUCUGUCCUCUCAGUGAGGCAUUAAAGGGGCACUUUAGGCACACAGACCACUUCAUCUCGAUGAAAGGGUCUUGGUUCAGUGCUCCUAUCGGUUAUCAUUGUAGUCCAUUGCAAUGUUUCCUUUGCAGGGCUAAACACACCUCUAGUAGCUGUCUUGCUGACCGCCCGAGAGGCGCUUCUACUGUAAGAACUGAAUCAGACUCUGUUACUAUACAGCAUUUCAUGCUUCUCUUUCCCACCUUCUUUCCUUUUUUUUAACAUUUCAUUUAGGGAGUUCCCUAAGUAGGGAUAAGAACACUAUAGCAUUGGGAAUAAAUGUUUGUAUCCCUAACACUAUAGUGUUCCUUUUAUUGAAAGGUAAGAGUUUUAAUUCCUCUGAAUUCUGAAAAAUUAACUAUAUUAUAAAGGGACACACUCCACUGCCCAUAUACAAAAUAAUCACUGUUUAGUAAAUAUACCCCAAAUGAAAACUUACAUGCCUUUAUUUAUGCAUUUUUAUUAUUGGGGGUAAUAUCUAAAAACAAUGUAACAAAAUCAUUUUUAAAUCAUAAGAGUAUUCUGCUUUGCAUUUUUAUUUUUAUGGAAAAAAAACAGAACUGUUUAUUUUCAUGCCUUUAAAAUUUCAGUAAAUUUUACAUCUCUAGUGCUGUUUAAGAUCACUAAGUGAAAUGACGAAUCGCCAUUCUGAAGACUACGACAAAGAGUACAAGUUUCCUAAGGGCAGAAUGGAUUAGGACAGUUAUUUUGUGCUAUGAGUGUUGUCUUGUUUCCAUGAACUAUUUUAUGGUCCAAAAUCCACAAACAUUUAUUGUUUGGUCCAUCAAUUAAUUGUCUCUUAUACUUCCUAUAGCCAGAGCCUGUCCACAUUGUCCAUCAUUGAGGAAUUUCUAGCUAAACGACCAAUGCCAGCCCGUCAAGAGACAGAUGAUCAAGAGAAUCAAACUUGGGUUAGAAAUAUCAACUAUUAUCGUAAGUGGAACAGCUUGUAAUAUUGAUAUUUGGCAGGCUGCAUGAGUUAUUUUAUACAGUUAUGUGAGAUGUGUGUUUGACUGCUCAGUUUUUAACCUGCCUUUGCAAACAAGAUCACUGUUUAGUGUGUUCUCCUUAUGUCUAUAUUUUCCAUAAACUGUUCAUUUAAUAAAGUGCUUGAUUGUGUUUUGCAGUUUGUCAUGUGCACAGAGAUAGAUAGUACAGAUAGUAGAUAGUACAGAGAUAGAUAGUACAGAUAGUGCAUCCAGACAUUUGACACUUGUCCAUGCUGUGUUAUUUUAAUCAUGAAUAAUAAUACUGUGAUUCCCUUUUUAUUGUAGGAUUGGAUGGAAGCACCUCUGCCACGGAAAGGGAGCGAUUAAUAAAUCAGUUUAAUGACCCAAAUAACAAAAAUAUUUGGCUCUUUCUGCUGUCCACGCGGUGAGUUGAAUUGGGUCCACACAGAAUAUGAAAGAAAUAGUGUAAAGUUGGUGAUAGUUUUGGUAGAAUGUGACCAUUUUACAGAAUUAAAGAUAACAACAAUGGUCUGUUAGGGCAAGAGAUUAAAUGUAUCCCUGAAAGUACUCUUUUACUAUUUAUAGUGCUGGAUGCCUUGGUGUGAACCUGAUUGGAGCCAACAGAGUGGUGGUGUUCGAUGCCUCCUGGAACCCAUGUCAUGAUGCCCAGGCUGUGUGCCGAGUGUAUAGGUAUGGCCAGAGGAAGCCUUGUCAUAUCUACCGGCUAGUGUCUGACUACACCUUGGAGAAGAAGAUUUAUGAUCGUCAAAUUACCAAGCAAGGAAUGUCUGGUGAGCAAGAAUGGCUAAUUGAAAGGAUAAUAUGAGCAUUAAAUGGGCGCACCAAGGUGCAUUUUACCACUCAUUUGUGGAACUAUCUUUUUGUGUUGCUCCAUUUGAUUCGUUGACUAAAACUUGUCAGUAGUCCGCAUAUGAACAUACACUCACUACAGUCUCUAUGACAAUAUGAAAGUGAUAUCAGAGCGAUAAAGUUAGGUUAAAAUCUUUUCUCCUUCUUUAAUUUGCAAACUUGCUGUUAUGAAAUAAAAUCUUAACCGUUUAUGGUCAGACAAUAUGCAUUUUGUUUUCAAGCAACAUACUGCCUGGAAUGUUCUGGUUAGUAUAAGUUUUUUCUAAGAUAAGAUCUCUGCUUUCAGAUCGUGUGGUUGAUGACCUGAACCCCGAGGUGAACUUUACCCGCCGAGAGGUGGAGAACCUACUGCAUUUUGUGGAAGAGGAACCAGAUGCUUCCCGCCAGCAUUUGGACCCUUCCAAAUACCAUGAGACCGUCCUGCAUCAAGCCUGCCUUCUGUACCCAAACCUCAUCACCAAGGUAAGGGAAUGUAAUAUCACUAAUUAGUCUUGAUGUUUCCAGUAUGAGUUUGCAUUGCUGGAAUGUCAUCACAAUGCUACAAUAAUUAAAUUAAAGAUGUGCCUGUGUUUAGUGUGCAGGACUAACAAAACACAAACAAAUUUAACCACUUAAGACCGGAGGGCGUACUAUUACGCCCUAUUCUAAGCGGCUCUAAACGCCGCCGGGCGUAAUAGGACCUCACAAUCACAUGGCUGGGUUAGCUGCCUGCUGCAUUGCCAGCAGGGGGACUGCCUGUAAUGACAGGUAGUCCCCCUGCUGGCUGGAAAUAAAAUAAAGUUAAUAAAGUGUAAAAAAAAAUUAUAAUGAUAUACUUAGAUCAUAUAUAUAUAUUUAUACACAUAUACAUACACUGUCUAGGUGUAUUUUACUAUUAAUAUAUAUAAUUAUAUAUAGACUGAUACUGAUUAAAUAUAUAUAUAAUUAUUGUUAUAUAUAUAUUUAUAUAUAAUAUAUUUAAAAAAAAGUAAAUACGUUAAAAAAUAAAAUUACAAAAAUAAUAAAAAAUAAAUAAAAAAUAUAUAGAUGUGUGUUAUUUCGUUUUAACUAUAUUGUGAUAUUAAUAUAUAUAUUUAUAUCAAAAUACACGUAGAACGAAAUAAUAUAUAUAGCUAUAUACAUAUAUAUAUUCGUAUAUAUCACUAUAUAUAUACCUAUAUAUAAAUAAAAAUAUUAAAAAAAAAAAUAUAUAUAUAUAUAUAUAUAUAUAUACAUAUAUUAAUUCUACAUAUAUAUUUAUGUAAUAUUUUUACAUAAUUAGGUAUCUUAAUUAAUUACAAUUAGCAGGACCUGCCUGACAACCCAUGCCGAAAGAAAAGGGAAUUUAAUUUGCUAGCACUAUAUUUAGCCCUAUAACUUUCCAAGACACCAUAAAACCUGUACAUGGGGGGUACUGUUCUACUCAGGAGACAUCGCUGAACACAAAUCUUAGUGUUUCAAAACAGUAAAAUGUAUUACAACGAUGAUAUCGCCAGUAAAAGUUAAAUUUGUUUUGCAUUUUUCACGCACAAACAGCACUUACACGGACGAUAUUAUUGCUGCGAUACUUUGUACUGUUUUGAAACACAAAUAUUUGUGUUCAGCGAAGUCUCCCGAGUACAACAGUACCCCUCAUGUACAGGUUUUAUGGUGUUUUCAAAAGUUACAGCGUCAAAUAUAAGGCUUGCGUUUCAUUUUUUUCACAUUAAAAUUAGCCAGAUUGGUUACGUUGCCUUUGAGACCCUAUGGUAGCCCAAGAAUGAAAAUUACCCCUAUGAUGGCAUACCUUUUGCAAUAGUAGACAACCUAAGGUAUUGCAAACAGGGUAUGUCCAGUCUUUUUUUAGUAGCCACUUAGUCACAAACACUGGCCAAAAUUGGCGUUUUUUGCAUUUUUCACACACACAAACAAAUACUAAUGCUAACUUUGGCCAGUGUUUGUGACCAAAUGGCUACUAAAAAAGACUGGACAUACCCCAUUUGCAAUACCUUGGGUUGUCUACUAUUGCAAAUGGUAUGCCAUUAUGGGAGUAAAUUUUAUUCCUGGGCUACUAUACAGUCCCAAAGGCAACGUAACCAAUCUGGCGAAUUUCAAUUUCAAAUGUAACGUGCUAUGUUUGACCCUGUAACCUCCCAAAACGCCAUAAAACCUGUACAUAGGGGGUACUGUUUUACAUGUGAGACUUUGCUGAAUACAAAUAUGUGUAUUUUAUUACAGUAAAAGCUGUAGAACUAAAAAAAUUUAAAUUCUUAUUUUCUCCCAUUUUUUCAUAUUAAAUUAUGUUUCAUAGCUACAUAUUUGAUAUUAAAUGAAAGCCCUGUUUCCCCCGAAUAAAAUGAUAUCUAAUAAAGGUGGGUGCAUUUAAUAUGUAAGAGGUGAAUUACGGUUGGACAGACUUGUAGCGCAAAUGCCAGGUUUUGUUUACAUUUUGUUUUGUUCACGACGUGUACAUUUGGCUCGGGGUUAAGGGAAUGACAACUUAAUUACAGGUAAGGUCUUGGCGAUUGUUUAGUGGGUAGUCUUUAACACAAAACUUAUUAAAUCCACCAUCAAAAGUACAAAAUUAAGUCGCUCCAAUCUGUCUGCACUUUUCAGGAGCCUUUCCAGCACGAGUCUCUCCUUUUGGAUCGCAAAGAGCAAAAAUUAACCGCAUCAGAGAAGAAGGCAGCAAAGCGCGGGUAUGAAGAGGAGAAGAGGGCUUCUGUGCCCUAUUCACGACCUUCUUAUACUCAGUACUACCCUGCACCUGAUCACAGCCUGGGGAACAUACCUGCUUUUAGUCAGAGGAACUGGUGAGUGCUGAGACAACAUGGCAGUGGGGGCAGGUGGUGAAAUAAAUGAGUAAAUGAAAUAUAAUCAAUUCUCUUUGGUCUCCAUCUUAGGCGUCCACUGAUGAAGGGCGAUGACCGGCCUGUUGCAAGCGUUCGUCCUUUGCAAUCUACUCCUAUUCCCAUGAUGCCACGGCAUGUUCCUAUGAGCCAUGGGUCUGCAUCUAACUCUGUUCACCCAUUCAACUUCCCUGUUAAUUACUUGCAGAGAGCUGGAGUCCUUGUUCAGAAGGUUGUAACCACCACAGGUAUGCCACACUUAGUAACUCAUACAUUUGGAACUGUUAACCUCAAACUUGCCAUUUCCAGCUACUGUUUUUAUUGUUGUACACGUAGUGAAUAGUUUGAAGCCACAUUUAUAUUAGUAAAGUAGCUGGCAUUUCCUCUGCUGUACAAAUGACUGUGUUUUAAUAUGCAUCUGCAAACUCAGAUCAGCUGAAUCUAUAGGCAAGUUAAACCUACAAGACCAUGUUGCUUUUACUGUUUCAAAGAAAUAGUAAGUAGGUUUAAUUACUAUAGUUGGAAUUGUGGAAAAUUGUGAAUUGGACAUUUUAGAGCAAAAUAACCAAUACCCUCUGUUAUUUUUCCAGUUUGGUUAUUUUGAUCUGAAAAGUAUGCAAUUCUCUCUUUAUUUCUGCAAGUUCCAAGUGUAUUGAUUAAAAUCCAAAAGUUUCUUGCCCUCCUGUUUGCCUCUCAAACAUUUUAAUCUUAUGAUGGCUCACCAAGGGCUAAUAAACAUUUAAUCUCAUUGAAUCUGUUAUUGUGCCUGGAGUCCCCUGGCACUGUCCCUUCAUUCAGUGUUAAAUAAUUUCCAAGCAGUUCAACCCUGAAAGAUAGUACCUUGCCCCUACUGGAGGUAUGGCUAAAGUAGAGAUUACACAUUUCCCUCCAGCCAUAUGCAUGCAUACCUGCAGUGGGCACUGUGAUAGGCUGACUUUUAGCCAAUCACAGCAGUCCAUUGCUGUUCAGCAUUAGCUCAUGCAGCACAGAGGGAUGUGUUUAAUUCUAAAUGGAAAGACAGCGCAUGGAGACUCCAGACACAAUGACCACUUCAAUAAGAGGCAGCAGUUAUAUUGCCUACAGUGUCCCUUUAAAAAGGUUUGAAGCUGUCAUCCUGAAUAUAACUGAUUUUAGCCCUUUUGUCCUAUCCGCAGACAUUGUCAUCCCAGGAAUGACCACUUCCACAGAUGUGCAGGCGCGUAUCAGUGCAGGAGAAAGUAUCCAUGUUAUCCGUGGUACUAAAGGUGAGCCUAGGCUGUAAAACCAAAUGCUUACUUUCAAGAACUCCAGGCAAUAUAGCAAUUUACUUUAAAUGAACUGUUCUCGAACAGUUUAACCCCAAAGUUGUCUCCAUCACUGAUCUCCAUUGGCACUGAGGCAGCAUCCGGCUUUUGAAAUUUCACUUUUACUAGUUUUGCAAAUGGGGAGUCAAUGAUUGGCUGAGAGCGUAUCAGGGGCACCUCUACCCGGCGCAUUCCACACUUCCUGAAAGUAAAAUUUCAGAAGCAGGAUGCUGCCUGAGAACAGUUUAGCUCCUUGAGCUAAGACAAAGCCUGGAGACUCCUGGCACCAUAAUAACUUAAUUUAGAUGAAGUUAUUAUGGUGCCUUAGGGAGGCUAAACUGUCCCUUUAACCAUUGCACUGAUGCAAUUAAAGACCCAUGUCAAGGAGAGACAGAGUCUGUUUAUUUUGAUUUUUGUUUGUGUGUAUCAAAGAAACGUUUGUUACUGGUAAAAUAAAAAAAGAAUGAAAAAACUCACCCAGUGCUUACCAACUAAAUUUCUUCCAAAAAGCAAUAAGAACUUGAAAACUGUGAACUGUAAACCUUGAAUUUUGUGAACUUCGAGAAAGAUGUGCUCUGUCCUCAAUACAAAAAGUACCCAACUACUACACCUGUUUCACAGGUUAAAAGAGACAAACGCUUUGUCUUAGGAAAAGAGUAGGCAUUUCUUGUAAACUAUCUUACUGUGACUGAAUAGAAAAGAGAUUGACAAGAAGGACAAUUUCAGUAGUGUUUUUAAAGGCCUUUGAGAGCUUGCAUAGCUCAACUAGUCUAUCCCUUUAUAUCCUUCCCAUCCACCCAUGAUAUUUCAAAGUUACUAUAAUGCCCCUUCCAUCCCUUCUCUAGAAAUGUAUAGUGCUUUCUGUCUUUAUAUGAUUAAUUCAGACAUUUUCUGCCAUUUUAGAAGCAAUUCCUUAAAGGAACACUAUAGCGUAUUCCUAACACUAUUAGUGUUGUCACCCUAUUAGUUGCUUAGGUAGCUGGAGCCCACCUGUAGAGUCUUUUACUUACCUUUUCUCCUUUGCAGUGACUGUCUCUGGGCUGCUGUUUUACCUCCUUGACUAAGGUCAUUGACCAGUUAUAAUAGUAGAUCCUGUAGUUAUAACUUAGUUUACAUUCAAAUAAUUUUGUUGUUCUCAUUAGGAACUUACAUCCGUACUAGUGAUGGGCGGAUAUUUGCCAUUCGAGCAAGCGGCAAACAGAAGAGUGGGGAAGGAAGACGUGCAGCCACCUCUGGUGAGUAUAAAAUGAGUGAAAUUUAAAUGUCUAAUCAGAUGUAUAAUUAGUUAAGCCAGUGGUUCCCAAACUUUUUAGGUUCAAGGCGCCCUUAAUAUUUUAGUAUUUUUCCAAGGCACCCCAAGUCAAAAUUUCUAGGUUGUAUAUCUGUCCAGCGCUAUGGCAUUUACUGGCGCUAUAGUGUAAUAUGCAGUGUUGGUGUUUGAAGGGGUGCUUGUAUAUAGUUAUUGUGUUUUAAUACGGGGGGGUGUUUGUAUGUAAUGUUUGCGUGUGAUGUACAUUUGUGUUUGAGUGAAGGGGUGUGUUUGUAUAUAUAUUUUUUUGAGUUUGAAUGCAGGGGUGUGUGUGUAUGUAAUAUUUGUGUUAGAUUGCAGGAGUCUGCUUAUAUGUUGUGCUGGUGUUUGACUAAUUGGAUGUAUGCACAUACACUACCACAUACAUACUUACACAGAUAUUCAUGCCCAUUAACACACAGAUGCAUAUAAAUACACCGACACAUACACACAAAUUCAUAUAGACAUUGACACAUACACACACACAGAUACACACCGACACAUACACAAAUGCUCCCUGACACACACAUACAUGCCCACACCAUGACACAGAUACACACACUGACAUAAAAACACACACCCUGAUACACAGAGGCACAUACACAGAUGUGUGCGUGCACACAGAAGCACACUGACAUAUAUAUAUAUACACACAGAUGCACACCAUGACACACUCAUACUCCCACACAUACACUCAUAAGCUUACACACUCAUAAAUACACUCACACACAUACAUUCAUACACAUAUGCACAAAAACACACUCAAACACACACACACACACAUACAUAUACACCUCCUACACAUACAAACACUCAUACACAUAUACACUCACACUGAUAUACACACUUACAAACACACUCAAACUCAUGCAAACACUCACACACAAGUGAUUUUUUUUAUAUCUCCAGCCACCCUCCUGUUCUCUUACCUUGUGUGUCCAGGAGGGUGGCUUGGAGUCCUGGUCGUGCAUCAUAACAUCGUGGAAACAUUCCGCGGCACAUCUGUGUGCAUGCACCACACAGUUUUGGAACCGCCGAGUUAAGCAAUUUUUAAGGCACGUGUGGCCAUUUGCAGGGUUAAAUAAUACUAUGAUUUUUAUAUGAAGAAACAUGAUAUCACAAAAAAAAAAUUUUUUUCUUUCUCAUGGCUGUUUAGAAGAUAGCUUUUACUUUGUCGCUACGGCCUCCCCACCUCCCUGGCUGAGAUUGUCAAGAUUGAUGAUAUCACCCAAUGUAAUUCUUCCCUUUUGGGAGUUAUGUGGAGGUUAGGGCGCAUGCACAGCCAAACACCAUGCUGAGCCAAUCAAAUGCUGUCUUUGUGCAACAUUUUUCAGCAGAAGAGCUUUUAGUGGCUCUCAGGACAAAAGCCACUAGAAGUGUGUUUAACCCUGCAAUCGUAACAUUGCCUUAUCUACUAAAUGGCAAUGUUUUAGAUUGUAGGGUUAAAACUCAAGGGCCACUGCACCCAGACCAGUUCAUUGAGAUAAAGUGGUCAGGGUGCCUUUAUUGUCCUUUAAUUAACUUGGAUGAAUUACCUUUGAAGGAAAUAUUAAACAAGCCUUCCAACAUACCAAUUGGUACUUAAAUAAAAACGUACUAAAAAAAACAAAACACCUUUUGUUUCUUUGUGAUUAUGCUAAUCUUCACAAGACUGUUGGUCAGCAGCAUCUAUUUUUUCUGUUCAGUCGGAGGGGCAACGGGGGGAUUAACUACUGUGCAAAUUCUAUAAGAACGAAAGGAGGAGUAUGCUAGUUUUUUUUUUUAUCCUUCAGCUUACUUCUUUUCUGUAUGAAAUAUGCCUUAUUCAUCGUACCUUGUCGGGCAUACCUAAAUGCUCCUUCAUGUUGAGGUCUUAAAAUAAAGUGUUAUUUUUAAAGGCACCCUCUAUGAGGGUAUUUCAACAAAUCUAUUUGUGUGUCCAACCAUUUUCAUACAAAAUAAUCCAAAUAUAGAGUUUGUAAUCAUUGUGUUCUCUCUUCUCAGGUGCUCAAGGCUCAUCUGGUCCGUUUAUGAGCAAUGGCCGCCAUGCCACUUCCAGUCCGUCUCCACAACAGACAGAAGAUCCUGCGAGACCUCUUUCUCCUGAUAGUCCUGAGAUCCUGAGUGAGCUACAGCAGUAUGCAGAGGCAGCUGUUGCUCGAGGGUCACACACCACUCCCCAGAAUGCAAAUCCAAACAGUCAUCCCCAAGUGCUGCACCAGGCUGUCAAAACACAGCCCAAAAAGCGCAAAGAGCCACCUGAUCAUUCAAGUCGCUGGCAUCCUAAUAAGAGGCACCCCUUUUCUCAAUUGGGUUAUCCUGGUGCAGGAGGCUUUGGUAUGUCAUCCUCUUCAGUGAACCAUGGUCUGUCCCGGAGUGCAAAUUCUGUAUACAUGGGAGCUAGUGGUUCAUCACAUUUCCAGCUGCCUUCGUUGCUUUCAGAUCCUCAAUUAAGCCUCCCACUUGUUCCAGAUACUUUAUUAACUCCAUCUUCGGGAGCUUCAUCUGCCCCAAACAACGCGUCACCGUAUCUGCUGCCACCUGGUUUCCCCCUCCCUUUCACGCAGCCAUUGAUGCCUCAAACCCGGAUGUUUGCCCCAUUCCCAUCUCCACUGCUUAACCGAGGACUCCCCACUAAUAACCCAGCCUCAAAUUUUCCUGGCUACCUCUCUUCUCAAUCUGGCUACCAGGGUGUUACAUCUGGUAGUGCCUCCCGGACCCUUCCACAAGGGGAGGCAGAGGUAGGUUCCAGUGAAGAGGAUGGGAGAGAUGACGAUGUUGUGGAGAUAACAGGGAAGUGAAUAAGCAACCAUGAACAAAACCAUGGGCUUGAGAGGUGGGGCAAAUACUGUGAUUACUUCCACCCCUCUAGCCUCUGUGUUUCAUCUACACUGUGGGCGUUCAAUCUAGACGCUUGUGUGUGGGGCAAAAGCUGUGGACAAGAGAUCUCAUCUACCUGAAAAAUGGGGAAGGGCCACCGUGCACAGGAUCUAGUAGCCACAUGUCAUUCCAAGAGGAGAGAGCAGUGAAAUUUUGUUACCGGCAUCAUCGUAAUCCCUACUAAUUUGCCACUUCUGCAAAGUUUUGGCACCUCCAUACUGUACCCAGAAGGCAUUUCUAAACUUUCAAAUUGACCAUUCUCUCCUUUCUCCACGUUUUUACGAUAAAAUAAAUGUUGGAUUUCACCAGUUGUGUUGUAGACAGUCUAGGAGUCUUACUGUCUCCCACCUGGCCAAGAAGGCUUUUUCACUCAGAAAUCCCCAUUUCCCAUUUUGUAGUAAGAUCGGGUUUGUAGGUAUUUCCAGAGAUAAAAUAAUACUAGCCUUACUGCUAUGAUGUCAGAUCUUUUACACAAAUCAAGUGUUUAUGUUUUACAUAAAAGAAGGCUGAACGUUUGGCCUUAGGCUCUGAAAUGCAGGAGGUAGAAUGUUAAAGGGGAGUAUCUGUUCACAAUACUGACUCCUUUCUUUCUGUCCUUCUUUCUUUCUCUUUCGUUCCUUCUUUUCCCAUUAUGCUGAUGUGCACUGAAUUGUGUCCUCAAAAAUGUUAAAUUGAAAUGUCUUUUGUCAGAAAAUAUCUACAUUCAUUAGUGGAAAGAAACAAUAUUGUUACUUUUCAUGCUACAAGGAAAAUCCAAUUCCUUGAAUUCAGGUUGUUCUUCUGGCAUUCAGAAGUUUCCAAGAUUGUGUUCAAAGGGUCCCCUUGGGAACAAUACGAAGCCCACUCAUUCCGUUUCCCUUGCUCAGCAGUGAAAAGGGCUUUGAGAUUAGUUUUAUAGCAUUGUAUAGUUUCCUGGCCAGUCAUAAAUUAAACAAUAUUCCCCUAUCAAUUUUUUUUUUAAAAUAUUAAACACAUUUUAAGACUUUAUUUUUCCCUUUUUUUUUUUUUUUUUUAAUACUGCACAAGAAAAAGUUCCAUGAUAUGUUUGCCCAGUAACCUCUAGAAGGGAUUGAUUCACCUGCCAUUUAAUCUAAUGCGUAUGACAUGAUCUUUUGGUGUGAAAUGCAUUGUCACUGGUAUAACAUUAAAAAGAAAGAUGACUUAUUUUCAGUAUGAGCUUAUCCAGAAAACCAUUAUGUAUGUGUUCUAUCCCAAUAAUGUUUAAAGCCUCCAAGCCUUUGAGGGCUGUAAGCAGGCCUUGAUUUCUGUACUUUGGCAACAGUCCAUCAAUAUGAACACUAUAAACUGAUCAACCCUUCUAUGGCUUAAACAGUAAUAUCCAGAAAUCCUGGCCUGGUUGCAUACCCUGAGGCCAGGUAUGCUAUGCUUGUUUUUAUCCUGUCCACAAUGACACUUUUACAAUCUGAUAAAAGCAAGAGGAAAUGACUCUAUCAAAUUCUGUUGUACUAAAGGUUGGUUGAUUUAAGUUGCAACAACCACAUACUAAAGAGUAGCCAACAUGCCUGGGGUUUUAAAAAUACAUAAUGUAGAUCAGGAUCAAGCUGCCUAUGUUAUGCUGCCAUCUGUGAACAGAAACUACCAUACUGAUCGGUCACCCUGCCCAGGAGCUUAGCGUUAUGGGAGUUGUAGUUCAGCUGAUGAGGCCAAGACUGUCUUGCUGCUUAGAUCCUACUGCUUUGCAUAACCAGGUUGUGUAUUUUAAGGGGUUCUGCAAAAUGCCAUAUUUCCAUUUUACAAUGUUUUACAAUGGAUCAUCCCUUGAAAUAAAAUGUGAAAAAAAUGAUAGUAACAUUUAAUCUGCAAUAUGCAUUUUUCUUAGCAGUCCUUAUUUGAAGAGGUGGCCUGAUAAUCCCCAAAUAAUGUUCUAAGUAUGUACACGGAAAUCCAACCCCAGAACAUCUAAAUGUUUGCAGGUUGUUUUUUUUCUGUUUUUAAAUUAAUUUUAUAUUUUCUUUGGUGUCUGUAAAAACGCAUCAAUAAGAAUUUUGGCUGCUAAAUCAAAAAGAAAAAAUAAUUGACAAAUGGAAAAUUAUGAAGUGUAGUAGUACUUAUUAUUAUUACUUUGUGAUACGCAACACUGAAUGAUUAAACUUGUCAGGAGAGGGGGAGAACCUACAAAUGCAGAAUAUUCUGUUGUCCGCAAUGAUAGGUCCAUGGUUUUGUGAUGUGUGCAAAUUUUAGUUGGUCAGUUGAGCCCUAAAUUCGGUACAAAGCAAACAAUAACACCACAUACACUAUACUCAGUGUGAUGCUGCCCCCCCUCUUCUCAUUAUGAACAUGUACUUGGCAUAAAGGGAUGCUGUUAUUAAGUCUUUGCCGAAUGUUACUAAUUUUUCACCAUUACUGUACUGCAACUUUAGAGAUUUAUACAAAGAUGACAUUUUGGCUGUGAAAGGCUGCGAUGGCAACGUACAGAGAUACUCAGGAUUAUAAUACGAUGAGAAAUGGAAAAUUACUUUUCAAAUGAUCACCGAUUCCUGCACCAACUUCUUUUUAGUGUUAUAGCCCUUUAGAUACCAAACUUCUCUCUGGGUUGUGAUAAGAGACAUCUAGCACAAACCUGACCCAGAUUCAUGUGUCAUUAGGAGACUGCAUGAGUUGUGCUACCAGUCAAAGACUAUUUUGGAGCAGUUAUUAGUUGUGCGGCCUGUCACCUGUUUGUUUAUAGGUAGCCUAUUUAUUUCUAUUUUCCUGUGUCCCAUGUCAUUUUUUUAAAAAACAUAUAUAUAUAUAUGGGGGGGGGGAAAAUAAACACAAGUUACUCGAGGAUGUCAUGUUCGUAAGGCUGAAUGACUACCUGCCUUUUUUUUUGUUUUUUUUGUUUUCUUUUUGUAAAAUAAAUGUUAAAGCUCAGAAAAAGAAAAUCUAAUUUAGGGUGUGUUUUAUUUCUGUCUCAUUACUGUAAGUUUGUAUUUCUGUAACCAUGUAAAAUUUAGUACAUGCAGUCAAAGAUUGUAUUCUUCUUCCUUUUAAUCGUGCUGGUUAGGGUCAAUGCCACACCUGUUCUGCAAAGCUUUUAUAUUGUGGUGAUAAUAUCUAUAUCUAAACAUGGGUAAAUAGACACAUAAAACAUGCUCGGGAAACUGUAUAACCAUUUGUAAAGAUUACCAAUUGACUAUUAGAAACUGGUGAAAGCACGGGAGGGGAUGGCAAGGACCUGGAGGGACAGUAGCAUAGAAAGGAUU